CGGGGAGCUUUUCUCCAAAACGGAGAGGUCAAGGUCUGGAAAAUAAAAACACCAGCGAGUAGUAAAUAAGCACGUGGUGGCAGAUCCACCCAUGGGCGUAGCCAGGAUUUUUGUUGGGGGGGCUGAGGUGGGCGGGCAGCCAAAGCUGUUGAGCUUCUUUUAGGAAAUCAAAGUUGAGCUUUUCUUGGUAAAAAUGCUCCGUAAAUAGGACAUUGCGGGGGGGGGGCAGCAGGCUUCUUGGGGGGGGGGUGAAGAACCUCAGAUAAAUGAAUACUUUCCAUGCUUUUCAAGCUUGGCGGGGUGAGCGGGGCUCAGUAUAAUAGCCGCUUCCUCGCCCGAAGCGGCAUUUGCGGGAUUCCACCGCCUGUUGCCUCUGACGUUUCCAAGACAACCACACCCCUCCUCCCCUCCCUUCACGUUCGGGCAUUGGCCUCGCCUCGCCUCCCUCCGCACGUGAUCGCGGCGGCGCUCCCCCCCCUUUCCCCACGCUCAUCCGGGCUUCAGCAGGCCGCUUCCGGGUGGGUGUGGGGCUCGGCGUUGUCCUGCCCUGAGGCGGUGGCGGCGGCGGGAGGCGGGCCAAAGGAGGAGGAGGUGGAGGUUCCCGUCAACAUGGCGGCGCGCAGAGCGGGCGGCGGCGGUGGCGGCGGCCGCCGGAGCGGGAGCAGCAGCAGCAGCGCCUGAGGCGUCGCGGAGCGAGGCGCCAUGGAGAGCGAGGAGGAGCAGCACAUGACCACGCUGCUCUGCAUGGGCUUCUCGGACGCGGCCGCCAUCCGCAGGGCCCUCCGCCUGGCCAAGAACGACAUCAACGAGGCCGUGGCGCUGCUCACCAACGAGCGGCCCGGCCUGCACUAUGAGCCCAUGGACAGCGGAGGGGGAGGCGGCGGGCAGGGAGGCCCCCAGCAAGGCAGCGGCGGCGGAGUCUCGCGCGGCGGAGGGGACGGCGAAGGCACCGGUGGUGGUGGAGGAGGAGGCCAAGGUGGAGGCGGCAGCGGCGGCACUACCGGCUUCGACCCGCCCCCUGCCUACCAUGAGGUGGUGGAGAACGAGGUAACGGUCUCUGGGCGGAGGAUGGGAGCGGGCGAGGCUCGCCUGUGCUUUGCGCCGCCGUUAAGCGGGAUCCCAGCCUGACCUUUGGCCCCACCGCCCCGUUGGAAACGCAUCGGAAGGGGGACGGGAUCGCCUUAAAAUACCGCUUUGGUCUUGAGAAUGAGAGGACUGGGGGUACCAAGAGCUUGCAAGGAUAGGAACCGCGCAGCCCUGAAUCCUCACCUCGAUUUCUUCUCAAGGGGCCCCUCCCCCAGUUUCCACGAGUUUAUAGGGACCCCGCCAAGCGCGCCUUGGGGGUCUUGGUGGAGUUGACCCCCCCCCCAAAAAAGCAGGCGGGUUUUCCCCGGCGUCUUGUGCAUGAGCUGUCAGGUGCAUAACCCAAGCUUCAAGUGCGAUCUGCGUUUGGGUGCCCUGGUUUGUCACCGGAAGAGGAAUGUAGCCUGGAGCCUAGGAAAAGGGAUUGCUGUGCUAUGCCUAGGCUGCAGUGGUGGAGGGUUUGGAAGCUGGUCACUUGUGUGUGUGCAGACUCAUUCUUUCAUUAUGAGGUGCCCAUACUAAUACUUUACAUAUCUAAUCCAAUGUAGGCCAUAUUGCUUUCAGUUGAGUUUGCUCCCAUGUGUGUAUAGUUUUGCAGCUUUUGUUAACCAAGGAGUUCUUUGAGCACGCAUGCAAUUCUUUAUAGCAACACUGACCUGAUUGUCUUACUUGAAAGAGUCUGGGUGGCUUACAAGCAACAAAAUCAGUAAAAUGAUCCAAAACCAUGAAUUAGGUAGGAGGCUUUAAAACUAUUGCAUCAUUAGUGGUUGAGGUAGAACUGGAUUUGAUGCUUAUCUAAAAGUGAUAUUGAUAGGCCCAGGUGCACUUCUUUUGGGCAGCUGUUCCAAAUCUUAGGCACCACAUCUGAAAAUACUAUAUCUCUGGCACUAUCCUGCUAUACUGCUGAUGGUAGAGAGACUCAGCAAAGAGUCUCAUUAAGCAAACAAAGUUCUCAGUUAUGUUCAUCUGGGAGAAGGAGAUUUUUGAAAUAUUCUUGUCCCAGAUUGCUUAGAGCUAUAAAGCUCAAUAGUUUUGUGCACUAUAUCACAUAGGUAGCUAUGUUGCAUGAGCAGCAAGUCAUAACAUAUUCAGACAUGGGCAAAAAAUAAAUAGAGGUAUAAAAUACGCAUUAUGACAAAACCUCAUAAAAGCAUAUUGUGUCAGGAACUUAAGAGUUGUAGUCAGUUAACUUUUACUCAGAGUGGACCCAUUGAAAUGAAUGGCCAUUUAGGUCUGUUAAUUCCAGUGGAUCUUCGCUGAAUCCAAUAAUUAAUGUUUGGAUCGUGUAAGCUGAUCCAGACAUUCAGUAGCAACUUGCCUGGUGAGCAGUGUGGAGGUUGGGGCUGUCUGGGCACAUCCAGUCCUGCCAGUACACCUGCACAGUCUCUGCCACCUUGCCCUCUUCCUCUUGGUAGUGAUGCGACUCUCCCCACUGAGUGAGCUGCUUCUGACUAUGUUGCAAUAGGUAAGAAAAUGAAUAGCAUUCCUACAAUUGAAUGGGUUUGGGAAUAGGAAUGAAAGGUAGGCGGCUUCCUCAGCUGCUUCUUGGUGGAGUCACUCUGAGCACUUCUACCAAGUGCAUAUUCUCUGCUGCCUACAGGAAAGGUGAUGGGGGCUUCCUGGGGAGAUACACUACCAAAUAUUGGCCAAGGAUAGCAUGGACUCCUUUGACUUCUGUACAAGAUAGGAAUUCAGAAUGUAUCUGGGACAUCAUCCAAGCUGUCAGUGGAGAAGCAACAUGGCAACAUUGUAGACCUCUGAUACAAUCUUAUUCUGAUCCAUCAUACACUGAAAGAACUAACUUAUACUCUACUUUUUCUUCCAUACUUUCUGCUCAUUCCGACCUGCAAUGCUGAUUAGAUAACAUUCAGGUAUGAAUUUGUGGUUUGUCUCCAGUAAUGUACCAGCACGGUUCACCUAGCACAAUGGGAUUGUUUCUUCUACCCCCCCCCCAAAAAAAAACCCUCUGAAGCUGAAUUUGACAGCAGGCAAUGGCCAGAAAGGGACAGAAGAGGAAGCUCCAUUGCUUGCACGGAAGCCCAUUGCACUGGUGAAGCUGCAGUGUUGGGUACAGCCCUGUGUUUCUAGUUGUAUUUUGUAACCAAGAACAAGUGCCUGAGUUUGUUUUUGGCUCCUCCCUGCCAAGGCCACUUUCCUUUUGAGUCAAGUAAGAUUAUAAGCUUUAGGUCAAAGACUGUCUUAUUACUUGCUUUUCUAUGUAGCAGCCUCCCUUUUUUUGGCUGAGGAGUGAGAUAAAAAUCCUUCAAACAAACAAAUGCUACUUAAAUUCCUUAUCAUAUUCCCACCCCAAGACUCCAGAAGUGAUGUUAUUGUAUGAACCAUUUUAACAGAUAAAUAAAAAGUUAAAAUCAAAUUUGAAAAGCUGGUUUUUGUUGUGAAGAAAGAGACAGAUGCCUGGGGUUGAGAACUCUGGCUGGGAGCUCUUUUGCCAGGCUUGGCUGUGUACGAACUCCUUCCUUUCCUUGCUCCCAGUUCUCCUAAAUUACAUGCUGACAACUGAAUCACGACUAAAAAGGUAAAUAAACAUAGGAAUCCAUGAGCAUGUUCUUGUAGUAAGUUGGGAAUUUUAAUUAUGUUGGGAACCAGCACAGAAGUCUUGUUUUGAUUCUUAAGCAUUUACUAUUCUUCGCAGUUGUCAUUACUGUAGUGCCACAUCAGUGAUUAGUGCCGUAUAACCACCAAAUAUUUACCUAGUCAGUUUUUGGUGUGCCAUGUAAGAGCCAAACUAUCUAUCUCUUUAUUUAUUUCACAAUGUUUAUAUACUGCUUGAGUGUAAUGAAACCUCAAAGCAGUUUACAAAAAAACCCCACACCCACCUACGUAGGACAUUGGUGACUGGAUUAGCCAACAUUUUGAUUCUUUCUUUAAAAGCUGUCACAGGAAUAACACAAUUAGAUCUGAUCAGUAGUGCUGAGGAAAAGUAGAGACUUUCUCUCCUGUGUUAAUUUCUGUUCUGUUUGACUCUCUUGGGAAAAUACAGAUAUCUAAAUAUUUGGUCCUAACAGAGAUAAGCUGCCUUUACAGUUUCCUGUACCUGGUUUUGUUCAGCAGCUAUGCAGUGCCAGUACUAAUAAUCUAAAAUAACACAUUGGCCAAAAAAGAACGGGACUAUUCUUUUUCACAAAGAGUCCACUACUUGUAUUUCUGCACUGUACAUCUGUUCAUCACAUAACAUUCAUAUUCAGAGUACCCUUCCCAUCCAUCUGUUCAUGCUAUAACAUUCAUAUUCAGAGUACCCUUUUCCCAUCAAUCCCAUCUUGGGUGAUGCAAGACUUGAGAGUAGCAGAACACUUCACUGUAAUGUGUGUUCCACUAUAAUCAUGUUCUUUAUUUUUGUGUGUGUUCACACAUGUACAAUUGCUGUGGCAAACUAUGCUUAUGCAUAGCUUCAUAUAUUUAAGAGCAUUGCAUCAUUCACUAAACAUUCUGAAUCAUUUUAUGAAUGUUUAAUUCUUGUCAAUAAACUAAAAAUUUAAGAUAUAGUGUUUUUAGAGUGCAUAAGUGAUAUUUUUUAUCCGUGAGACAGAAAGUUGCUAUCUUAAUUUUAAGAUGAAGGGACUCGAGUAUUUUAACCAGAGUUGGCCGAGCUUCUCUUCCCCCACUCCUGUGGCAUACAUUGGCCUAAAAGUUAGAGCUAGGGGGCUGCUUCAGAGGACUACUCUUAGGGUAACUGGGAUGGGCAGGUGACAGAAGCUUACCAUACAGGUGGCUCUGGGAACAAGAGGGUCUCUUUAUGGGAGUAACUGUAGUAGGGCAGUCUUUCAGGGCAAGUUGUAAAAUGGAAAGUCCUUUCUGGCUUGAUUUUUAAUCUGGGCUGGGGAAGAGUUUGGGAGCUUCUAAUGGUCACCUCUCCUUCCAGUUAUAGUGCGAUGUACUGCUAGAAUUUAGUUGUCUGUGUUCACGUUGCAUAGCUUAGUACUACAUCCUGAAGUGCAACAAGUUAACUUAGAAAGUUUGAACAGCUAUUGUAUAGAAUAAAUAUAUACCCCACAGAUUCAGAUGUUAUAUUUUCAAAAACAGGUAUAUUCAGUUAUGUGGUACCUUCUCUGAAGGUAAAGGUCUGACCACAGCGUAUCAAAUUUCAGAGCUCUAACUUAUUGGGAAACACCGAAACAAUUUUCAUAUUCCUAUCAGGCCAAGCACCUGAUACAUAGUGGUCUGACACAUGUUUGCCAAGUGCAAAUUUUUACUUGUGAACAGCUCUUAAGAGUGUUUGUUUUUUAUGGUUUGGCAUUUACCUAGUUGCUCCUCUGUUUUCCUGUAUAUUAUUACUCAAAUUUCUUAACUUGCCCUUCAAGUUGCAACAAUUUAAAAAUACAGUAUUAAAAACAGUUGAAGCAGAUUACAAUCAAGAAUAGGAUGUGUUCUAGUUGUAUAUAUAUUAAUUGUUUUGUCUUUUGGUUAUAAAUCAAGUGGGGAGUUGAAGCCUGAAAAAUAGUGUAAAAACUUAAGUAUACAGUAGUUUCUUCACAUUCUCCAUAGAUAUGUUCAUUAUCACUUUUGUGCCAACUUCAUAGCUUUCUGAAAUUACGGGUUGCAGUUAAGUCAAAUGAUAGCAUUGAUUUCAUUGUUUAACUUUGUCUGCCUGUGUUCUGUUGAUUUUUAGAGGAGGAGUUCUUAAAAUCUUAGAUAUGGAAGGACUGUGCCACCAGCACGUUAACCCUUUUGUGUAAAUUAUAAAAUACGGCCAUAUGCAUUUUGUGUAUAACACGUUUCAGGAUUAAAGCAUUUUUCUAUGUGGUGUUCUUGGGUUCCUGGUUCUGUAAAACUGGAAUCUCAAUAUGCUUUCAGCACUUUCAUUUCUUGAAUAAAAAAUAUUUAUGGACAUUGUCUUUUUAACCUUCUCCGCAGCUGUUAUAGUCUUCAGUAUUUUUCUUACUGUUAACUUCCACCUUUAAAGGGUUUCCAAAUCCCAUGUGAAAUAUUUUUCUGUUUACUGAAGCAACCUCCAGGCGAAGAUUAACACUUGAUGUGAUCUAAAUGUUUAUCAUUGGUGGAAGUGGGAGGCCAUUUAUGCAUGGAACAAACAGCAGCUCAGCUGGGCAGGAAGUGUCUUUCAGAUAAUGUUCAGUAGAGACAUUUUCUGGUCAUCUUCCCAGUCAGAAGUUCUAUUCAAUGACAGCUGCUUAAUAAGGAAGUGAAAUGCUGGAGGAAAAUGAGGCCAGUGUUAGAAGUUAAUUCUACCAAACACAUUUUGACUGUUUCUGGAUAAGAACAGGAGUCUCUUAUAAGAAAAGGCCUGGGAGGAUCCUAAUCUUUUAUAGGUUUUAUUUGAAAACAACUUACUUAUACAAAAAAGCUUGUCUGGGAUAGCGGAGGCAGAGGUCUGACAGUUUAUAACAGAUCCUCAUUUGGUGUCAACUCUUUUUCACCUGUUUUUUGCAUGUAUUGUUUGCUUUCCUUUGCUUAAUAUAAAAAACUGUCUAGAUGAACUUUUCAAAUUCAGUGUUAACUGACAAAUAUAAAAGGGAGCUAUAAAAUUGUAACUAAGUAGAUCUAUACGCUCUGAGUUAUUGUGUGAAUCAUUCGAUGCACCUGUGUUUCAAAUCACUUUUCCUGUGGCUGUCAAGUAUGGAAUAAAAUGUCCUGUCUAUGGCAGCAUCCUGAUCUGGAUGCUAGCACCUGACAGAAGGACAGGGGGAAGCAUUCCUAUUACCAUGCCAUGGACAAUUAUCCUUGUUUCACUAUGAAUAUAUUUAGCUGGUAUUAUAGGAUUUAAAUUCUGAAUGUGUUAUCUUUGUGAAUGUACAAUCUUGGGCACCCCAAAGGAAAGGACAGUGGUGAUUAGCACUUUUCCCUUGGGAAUGGGAAAAAGAAGUAAUGCUAGAGAGAGCUGUUAAAGUACCCAUAACUUAUAUAAUCCUGCAGCAAUAUAGAUGAACUAAAAUAAAUAGGCAGCUUGUGGUUUAAUGUUUGAUGAAAACUGUGCUGUAAAAAAUGAAUCGCACUGUUGUGUUUUCCUAGGCUUCCAUUAAAGAGCUAUACCUGCAUUUGCAUUAAGAAAUGCAGGCAACAAUAAUUCAUUCUAUAGAGGAAAGCAUAACUUGCAGGGCUGAGCUACAUCCAAAUAUCCCUCAAAGUUCACACUUCAUUUGUGCAGAAUCGGAAUACAGUGGUACCUCUGGUUAUGAACCUAAUUCGUUCUGGAGGUCCGUUCUGAAACCGUUCUUAACAUGAGGCACCACUUUAGCUAAUGGGGCCUCCCGCUGCUGCCACACCGCCAGCACGCGAUUUCUGUUCUCAUUCUGGGGCAAAGUUCUUAACCCGAGGUACUACUUCUGGGUUAGCGGAGUCUGUAACCCGAAGUGUUUGUAACCUGCGGUACCACUGUAUUACUUGCAUGUACAUGCUUGCCACUUUCCUGACUAGGUUACUUACAUGAUUUUCUUCUAGGAUAGUGAGAUGUUAUUUUGCAGUUGCUGUAGUCGUCCACACACUGGCUACUUCCAGGCUAGGCUGCUGUAAUGCGUUUUACGUAGGGCUACAUUUGAAGGCAGCUCAGAAGUUUCAAUUGGUACAGAAUCCAGCCGCCAGGUUGCUUGGAGAGCAAAGAAGUCUGUGUAUAUAACACCCAUUCUCCUUCAGUUACUUGCGUUGCCUGUUUCUUCUAAGCUCAGUUCAAACUGCUGCUGAGUUUAACAUUUAAAGCCUUUAAUGGUUUUGGAAUAAGUUGUUUGAAGAACUGCCCAUGCUCUUAUGAGUGAACUCUAGGUGCAAGAUAAUCCUUGGGGACUCUGUUGUCUGGCCUACCAUAAAGAACAAUCAAGUUUGCAGAUAGCAGGGACGGGGCUUUUGGGGAUGAGACGGGACACCACAUCUCUGAAAGUCUUUCCCCCAAAAUGUGUUUGAACCCUCCACUUGAGUAUUUUAUGUGGGCCCUGAAAAGUUUAUUUUGUUCUGUCAGACUUUUUGUGAUCCUGUUGCUGGGUUUUUGUGCUAUUUUUUCAGUAAUUAUGAUGUAGUUUUAUUGUGCUAAAAAAACGCACCUUGGGAGGGCAUACCUUGAAAGGUGACUUAUAAAUGAUUCAGAUAAAUAAAUGAUGUGUAGUUUUGUGCUCUGUGAUUUUGCUGUCAUGUGUAGCAUUGUUUGGUAUGCUAGUUUUGCAGAUAAUGUGAUGAUGCCGUGCACAGCCUCACAGUAGCUCAGUGUUGACUGAAUAACAUGUCUGAUGUUGUUUCUGGCUCUCUUUGCCAUGAUGGAUAGUGUGGAGACUGCUGCUCUGCUCUUAGCAGCAACCUCUGACCCUGUACUUCUCCUACUUGCUCUACAGUCUAACCUCAGGAGGCUCUUCUGCAAAACCUCAGAGGUUUCUGCACUGUGUCGGAGGUCGUGGGUAGUGGCUCUAUCAAAGAUUGGCUGUAUCUUGUUUUAGCCUAGUUAAGUAGAUUGAGUUCGGGACAUCAAUGGGGAUAUAUGAAGAGAUUGGAAUCUGUGUUGAAACUGCGUUAGGGUAAGUCCAAGAUUGAGCACUUCUGAGCUUGUGCAGUCUUUUUUCCUCUUGAAGGGAAUAUCCCUUUGCAAAUAUUAAGUGUUCUCUUUGUUAUCAUCAGGGUGCUACUAUCACCACACUAAAAAAAGCAUUCCUCCCUACAUAUAUUCCAUAACCCAUAGUAUAUGUAUUGCAUCACUUAGCCCAAUAAUAGCAUCAUUUCAUGAAAUGAAAUUUCUAGCCUUUACUCAAUUGAAAUGAUUGUCUUUAUUUUGCCUCUUCUCCUGUGCGCAUCAUUGAGCUUGGCCAAGGGGCAGACAACUGCUAGGGAAUUUCCUAAAGGGUCUACAAAAACAUCAGAAUAUAUGAACCUAUGGAUGGCAUUAUAGUUCAAGAACAUCACUCCCCCUCUCUCUAUAUAGUGUAGGACCUCUAUAGUCUAGGAGGGGUUCAGGGGGUGUUAUUUUUAUAGAAUUUCCCUUCAUAGUCAAAGAUCCCCCUGUGUUUUAGGUUAAUUGAUAGAGGCAUUGCCAUACCACGAGCCCAGAUGCUCUCACGGAAACUCAAGAUGAAAGCUUGAUCAAUAUGAGCAAGCGUCACUUGAUCUCUAUGGGAAUCAGUUGAACCACCAUACUGUACUUAGGAUGCAUAAUUGUGUAUUUGCAAGUGCAUGUUCUGAGAGUAUAAAUGUUGAGAGAUUAUGUAGCAUGUGGUAUCACAAGAUAAAGAUAUCUAAGAGUUUUCCUUGCUUUUCUAGCUGUUAUCUUCAAUAAAAGGGCUAUUUUCAUGUGAUGUACUUUGGGGCGGGGAAUCCUAAAUGGUGACUGGUCAGAAACACAAUUUUGAGGUUUUGACGGAUAGCACAAUGAAAAUUUGACCCUGUGUGUGAAUAUUGUAAUGCUGAAAAGGGUUCAAUAAGAGGAGGGUUGUGAGGGAAGGUUUCAACAUUUGCUUAGAAAAAAAUGUGAAGAAGGAGGAACAUGAUAGAGAUGUAUUCAUGCUGCAGAGAAAGUAGGUAGGGUGUUUUUCUCAGAAUAUCAGAGCCCAUGGCUGUCCAAUGAAGCUGGGUAACAGAAAAUUCAAGACGGGCAAAGGGAAGUAUUUCUUUACGUAGCACACUGUUAAACUAGCGAUGACCACUUAUGAACUCCUCCUGAAUUUCCCAUAGACCUCUAGCUGACCACUGUGAGAAAAUGCAGCAGGGCUCUUCUUACAUUCUUACUGCAAUGCUCACCAUUCUCAAAUGCUGUUCUAUAACCACAGUGUUGUUUUUUAUAUUUCAAUCCAUUGAAAAGAUAGUAUUUAAUGUCCGUGCUUUCAGUUUGUUGUUGCUUUCCUAGAUAAUAGUUUCCUGCUCCACAGCACUUAAUGUUCAUUCUCAGAUAGGAAGCAUUAUUUUAUGAAUGUGCAGUUGUUUUUAAUACAGAGAGAGUGCUUGUUAGACCAGGAAAUGAAAGCAAUAAAUGAGACAGUGGAGUGGUACUGGAAAAACAACCUGUGACUACUAGUUCACAAGUUUUGAACCUUGUCCAAGUACAUACAAUGAUCGAAAAUAGCCUGCUCACUGACUAGCCAGUGUGCAGUGAGUCAUGGUUUUGGUCUUUUUGUGGUAGCUAUGUGUGUUCAUGAGAGUUUUAUUGUUAGAUCCAUGCUUGGCAUCAAUUUGCAUCCUGUUGGCACUUUUAAAAAAGGUUAAAUCUCAAGCUGAACAAUGGUCAGCACUUACUACCCAGUCUUGUACAUGGUGAAGGAUUUCAUAGGCUCCACUGCUUUGAGCAGCAUUGAAUGCCUUUAGACCUAGGGUGCUCAAACUAUUUGUUCGCAAUAAUAAUAAUAAAAGUUAAAGCCUCUCUUCAUUAAUUGUAACAAAUUAUUCGAAUUGUUAGGCCUGCUAGACGGAAGUAGGUAAAUUUAAGUGGUGUUUGGGGAAUGGAGAGAGAGCAGGGAUUUAUAAAAUGAAAUGUGGGUUUUGUGCUUUCUGUUCGUAGAAAUGGCUCCAUAGGAAAUGAAACUGAUGAGAAAGUGGCAUAAAUGACCUUAUUUGCUUUAUUAUAAAUAAGUUGAAGGAAUGUGCUGUCCACAUGGGCUACAUUAGUUGGGGUGGGUCAGAUACCAUCUUGCUCUUUGUUUGCUUUUAUUUCCCCUUAUGGGAAUCCACCUUAGCCUUGUAGAUCUGUACCUAUGGAUUUCAGAAUCUUUUGCUGAAAAUGUGAAAAAUAAUUAGAAAGUAACUAUAGCAGAAUGGUUUAUAAACUAGAUAAGGCACUCCUGCGGUAACCUAAAGAAAAAUAGAUAACUGUAAAGAUUCUAAACCAAACUUUGUUUUGAGAUUAUGGUUUUCUCUGUUUCCUUAUUCACUGCAGUAGUGAUGAUUUGGUUAUUUAGAUAUAAAGGAGAAGAUAAGUUCAAGGCCAAAUAGAUCAAUAUUGAUUUGUUUGAUAUGAUUGUCAUAUCCCUAUGUAGAUGCAGAUGUGAUAGCUGUAAGCCUUUCAGUGUGGAAAGAGCUCUUCACAAAGUUGUAGGUCUAGCUGCUCUUCGGCAUGGUGAUGGUCUUUUUCAUGUUUUUCUUUCUUACCUCAGAAGUGGUGCACUCACUUCUUCUAUGCAUUAUGAUCUUGGACAGGUGAGUAGUCCAGUAAAGGCAGAAAAGAGAGGCACAGUCAGUGUACACAUCCACUGUAAUGCAGAACUAUGGUAGCUGUAUAUUCCAUAUCUCCUACUGCCAUAAAGCAGAGGUUGGUACCAAGGUAAAACUAUUAGUGAUUGCUCAUUAUAAUGGCUGUAUAGUUAUUGUCUCCUGUAUGAUUGGCAGUAUGCCUCUGAAUACCAGUUGCUUUGGGUCAUAAACCGGAAAAUGUUAUUGUGCUCAUGUUCUGCUUGGGGGUUUCCAUAGGUAUCUGAUGGGUCACUGUAGGGGCAGAAUGUUGGCAUAGAUUGGCUUGCGCUCUUAUAUUAUUAGAAGAAGCUGCAUUUUUGUUGCAUAGUGGGGAAGCAGAACCUUACUAGAGUGCCUGGCUUGUGGGUCUGGUAUGAUCAGAUCUGUGGAUGGGCAAUUAAUACUUCAUUGUUAGCAUGUUGGAUUAAUUAUGUGAUUAUCAGAAGUUGUAUUCUAUAUCUUUUAAAUAAUUAGGUGAUUUCUUUUUGGUUUGAAAAUGGUUGGAAUAAUGUCCUUCAAUCCUUUCCAGACUUUUGAUUCAGUAAUCUAGGGAAACUUUUAAGUCAAUGAUGGUAGUACAUCUGUCUCACCACUGUGCAUAUAUAUAUGUCACAGUGCUAGAUUCUGCAUUAAUCCUCCCUACUUUUUCUGGCAAUUCCUUAUUUUUCUGCUGGGUGCAGAAAUGGUGGGAAAAGAGGACAGCAAAUAGGCUUUGUUUUCUGAGUUAAGUAGAAUUUCUGUUGCACAGGAGUUGCUUUGUAGUUGGAAUGUCGGGUUUUCUGGUAUGGGUCUGCUACAAUCCCUUUUUAUAACAGCCAGUAACUAGAACAACUAACUGUGGCUUCUUCAUACAGCUAACUGUGGCUUCUUUUCAACAGAAAAAUGACGAAAAUGGGAACUGCUCUGGAGAAGGUAUUGAGUUUCCUACAACAAAUCUUUAUGAACUGGAGAGCAGAGUAUUAACAGAUCAUUGGUCCAUUCCAUAUAAGCGGGAAGAAUCUCUUGGCAAGUGUUUAAUUGCAUCCACUUAUCUUGCAAGGCUGGGUAAGUUGCAACCUUUUUUUUUAAAGUAGCAUCAUAGAAAUGUUGACUUUUAUGUUAAUAAUGAUGACUUGAUAGUAAAAACCUGUCUACUCAAAUAGCUUUUGACUUCACCUUUUUCCACGUUGCAUGUUGGUAACAGGUGUUUAAUUAACAAAAUCUUUUCUUGUUGGAAGUAGUAUGACUCUCUUGGCUUCAGUAGAGUGCUGUGCAUUUUUAAGUUGAUGCUUUCACCUUUUAAUCGAAUGUUUCAGAAUCACUUUUGAAUUAUAGGUGAUCUUUAGAACAUGUAAAGACAGGCACAAAUAUAUCCCUUCUUAAAUAUUAUUUUGUUUGGUGGUUAACAAACUGUUGAAUAGGCUGGUAUGCUCAAAUAUUGGGGUGAAAAUGAAAUUUUAUUUUCUAAACUUGCUUAAAUAUAUUGCCAAGAGCAGGGCUCUUCAGGCAAUUAUAGAAAAUUAACUGUGUUGUUUUGUUGCAGCAAAAACAAAUGAGCUGCUCAUUUAAAAAAGGCUAGUAGUAAUGUUUUUUGAUAUGGAAAUGCUUGUAGUCUAAUUGCAGUAUAAUUAAAUGGCGGUAACACUAGUCUGCAACAUUUCAGUAGAACUUUUGCACACUUGGAAGAGUGUAUUAUGCAUGUGGUGCUAAAGGUGAUUAUUUGGUGUUAGUUAAGUUGUGGUGGGGGUGCGGAAAGAGAUUGGUCUUUUCUCAUUAUGAAAAAAUCACAAAGUCUUCUGAAAACCAAUUUCUCAAACUGUGAAAUACCCAGCAAUUAAAAAAGGUAAAGGACCCCUAACAGAUAAGUCCUGUCACGAAAGACUCGGGGGUUGUGGCGCUCAUCUCGCUUUACUAGCCAAGGGAGCCGACGUUUGCCUGCAGACAGUUUUUCCGGGUCAUGUGGCCAGCAUGACUAAACCGCUUCUGGUGAAACCAGAGCAGCGCACAGAAAUGCCAUUUACCUUUCCGCCCGAGUGGUACCUAUUUAUCUACUUGCACUUUGACGAGCUUUUGAACUGCUAGGUUGGCAGGAGCUGGGACCAAGCAACGGGAGCUCACCCCAUCGCAGGGAUUUGAACUGCCGACCUUCUGAUUGGCAAGCCCUAGGCUCAGUGGUUUAGACCACAGCACCACUCGCGUUCCUUAACCGCUUCUCAAAGGGAACCGUGCCAAGCAAUUGUUUCCUAGUUAUUUCUGCUUGGCACAUAGAAAGGGGUCUUGGAAAGGUAUUUGCAAAGGGAGGCACAAAAAUGGUUCCAGUGGCAUUACUGAUAACUUUGGCUUAGAUCUGCAUGUGCGUGCACACCUCCUUUUUCCUCAUUUCAGGAAUCUAAAUCCUUACUAGGGUCUUUAUUUUAUUGGAGCUUCCAAACUCGUAGAGCCCCUGCCUCAUAACUUAAGUCUCCAAUGAAGUCUUGGGAAUCUCUUUGCUUAGCUGGUGAGGAGGGUCUAAUUGACAACACUUCUGAGGUGGUAUGCAACAAAUUAGAUUGCGCAACAGAACCUCUCUGCCUGUGUGCCCCUUAAAUGUGUUCUGGGGAUAUCCUGAACCCUCUGGAGCAGAUUUGGGGAGAGAAGUUCCCUUGAAAAGAGGAAAUCUUUGUGUCAGCAGAACUGCUUAUUUGGAUUUCACCCCUGAGCUUUUGAUGAUGCUUAAAGUUAAAAGGGGGGGGUGAGGAAGUAGCAUGGCAUCUCUGCAUAAGGCAAGGACCAAAAGUUAUUGGUAGAGUGUGUGCUUUGCAUGCAAAAGACCCCAAAAUCAAUAUCUGGCAUCUUUCAGGUAGGCUGAGGAAAGACUCCUGUAACCCUGUAGAACCACUGCCAGAAAUGUAGACAUUACUGAGCUUAGAAUGUUGGUGCAUAUGGUCAGACACAGGCAACAAAAGCUGAGAAAACUUGUUUUAUUGGUGACAGAGGAUAAUGUGGCUUUUUGGCUUUUUGUGUGUGUGGUGCACAGUCGGGGGUGAUUCAGCUGUAUAGAAUGAGCCAAGGACUGUAUAAGCUAUCUCCCCACACUAAACUGAACAUGUUUGGAGACUGCCUGCAAGCACUUAAGGGUGAAUGGAAGGCUCAUGUAGAUUCCUUUUAUUGCAUCACAGGAGUGUAAAGAAUCAUAGAAUCAUAGAGUUGGAAGAGACCACAAGGGCCAUCGAGUCCAACCCCCUGCCAAGCAGGAAACACCAUCAGAGCACUCCUGACAUAUGGUUGUCAAGCCUCUGCUUAAAGACCUCCAAAGAAGGAGACUCCACCACACUCCUUGGCAGCAAAUUCCACUGUCGAACAGCUCUUACUGUCAGGAAGUUCUUCCUAAUGUUUAGGUGGAAUCUUCUUUCUUGUAGUUUGGAUCCAUUGCUCCAUGUCCGCUUCUCUGGAGCAGCAGAAAACAACCUUUCUCCCUCCUCUAUGUGACAUCCUUUUAUAUAUUUGAACAUGGCUAUCCUAUCACCCCCUUAACCUCCUCUUCUCCAGGCUAAACAUGCCCAGCUCCCUUAGCCGUUCCUCAUAAGGCAUCGUUUCCAGGCCUUUGACCAUUUUGGUUGCCCUCCUCUGGAUACGUUCCAGUUUGUCAGUGUCCUUCUUGAACUGUGGUGCCCAGAACUGGACACAGUACUCCAGGUGAGGUCUGACCAGAGCAGAAUACAGUGGCACUAUUGCUUCCCUUGAUCUAGAUGCUAUACUCCUAUUGAUGCAGCCCAGAAUUGCAUUGGCUUUUUUAGCUGCCGCGUCACACUGUUGGCUCAUGUGGUCAACCAAGACUCCUAGAUCCUUUUCACAUGUGCUGCUCUCAAGCCAGGUGUCACCCAUCUUGUAUUUGUGCCUCUCAUUUUUUUUGCCCAAGUGCAAUACUUUACAUUUCUCCCUGUUAAAAUUCAUCUUGUUUGUUUUGGCCCAGUUCUCUAAUCUGUCAAGGUCGUUUUGAAGUGUGAUCCUGUCCUCUGGGGUGUUAGCCACCCCUCCCAGUUUGGUGUCAUCUGCAAAUUUGAUCAGGAUGCCCUUGAGUCCACCAUCCAAGUCGUUGAUAAAGAUGUUGAAUAAGACCAGGCCCAAGACAGAACCCUGUGGCACCCCACUAGUCACUCUUCUCCAGGAUGAAGAGGAACCAUUGAUGAGCACCCUUUGGGUUCGGUCAGUCAGCCAGUUACAAAUCCACUGAGCGGUAGCAUAGUCAAGACCGCAUUUUACCAGCUUCUUUACAAGAAUAUCAUGGGGCACCUUGUCAAAUGCCUUGCUGAAAUCAAGGUAGGCUACAUCCACUGUGUUCCCUUCAUCUACCAGGCUUGUAAUUCUGUCAAAAACGAGAUCAGGUUAGUCUGACAUGACUUAUUUUUCAGAAAUCCAUGCUGACUAUUGGUGAUCACAGCAUUCCUUUCUAGGUGCUCACAGACUGUUUGCUUAAUGAUCUGCUCCAGAAUCUUCCCUGGCAUUGAUGUCAGACUGACUUGGGUGGUAAUUAUUUGGGUCCUCUCUUUCCGCCUUUUUGAAAAUAGGGACAACAUUUGCCCUCCUCCAGUCUGCCGGGACUUCGCCUGUUCUCCAGGAAUUCUCAAAGAUGACUGCCAGUGGUUCUGAGAUCACAUCUGCCAGUUCUUUUAAUACUCUUGGAUGCAGUUCAUCUGGCCCUGGAGACUUGAAUACAUCUAGACUAGCCAAGUGUUCUUGUACUAUCUCCUUAGUUAUUCUGGGCUGUGUUUCCUCUGCUGAAUCAUUUGCUCCAAAUUCUUCAGGUUGGGCAUUGUUUUCUUUAUCGGAGAAGACUGAGGCAAAGAAGGUAUUGAGGAGUUCAGCCCUUUCUGUGUCCCCUGUUUGCAUUUCACCAUCUUCUCCUCUGAGUAACCCCACUGUUUCUUUGUUCUUCCUUUUGCUACGAACAUACCCAUAAAAGCCUUUUUUGUUGCUUUUAACCUCUCUAGCAAGCCUGAGUUCAUUCUGUGCUUUAGCUUUUCUGACUUUGUGAAGGUGUUGAGCCUUCUUUGUAGAAGUGGAAGUGAAGAGGGAGAGAAUAAAGUGAACCUUGUAUGAUGAGAAAUGCAUGUUAUCCAGCCUUAUAGAGUGUGCCAAGAGCAGUGGGGCCCUGCUGAGGUUCAGACCUAUAUAGGACUGGAGUUGUGUGCCCUAGAUUUUCCCCCUCCCACUGAUCACAUACAUUCUUAAUGAAAUGUGCCUUAGUUAAGGGAUAAGGGAAAUUAACUGUUCAUGUACUCAGAGGCACUUUCCUUUAUUAUUAAAUCAGAGCAAAUGCAAAUUGUUGGGAUAAAAAAAAAUUCAUCCGAAAUGGGGUCUCAGAAAGAGGAAUACAUUGAGGAGGGUGCAAGUGGACAGAUUAAAACUUACUGUCUUACAGAUAUGGGAGCAAUCAGCUGUCUGCCUUGAUUUACAGCAGGGUCCCUAGCUGUCCUGGGCCCCUGGGCAUAUUUGGCAUUUUCAAAAGGUGUUGUGAAUAACACCACAAAAUUGCUGCUGUGGAGCGAGCAGGGCAGAGAAGGCUGCAGGUCAUAACAUGACUGCUGUGAGUGUCAUGCCUAGUCACAAAUUUUGGAAAGUACGUCUCUCCCCCCCAAACCCACCCUGCAACUUACUUACAUUUUAUGUCUCCUGGGAAGGAGGUAGGCAGGCCUGGAGGAAGAAAAAACAAGUAAAGGCUCACAAACCCCGGAGAACAGGGGGAAACAAACAGUCAAAUGCAGACACCGGUGGCCAGGGAAGUAUGGGAAACAAACAAACAAAAAAAUGUAGAUGACCAGAGAGGAAAAGGUUGGGAAGGGGAGAAUGACAAAUACAGACUGCUUCAGAGAGGGAAAAAGUUGAAACAAGAAUUUGAAAAUAAAAAUGCAGAACUGCCGCCACCCCCCCCCCCCCGAGAGAAGGACAAAACCUACACACAGUGUUCUGUUCCUUCCCUUCUCUCCCUCGCUAGGUCCCUCUUUUCUUAGCCCCCUCUUACUUCUUUUUUACAAAACACUUUUUCUCCUGGUCACUCUGUGUUCUCCUUGGAUAGUGAUUUCAGGCUAGAAAACAAAAGAGUUUGAAGAGGAAGUGGGAAUGGCACUCCUCCCACUUCCUCUCUCAGCUUUCUUUUCCAAGCAGAAAUCGCUCUCUUCUUACUUCUGAAGGGGCAGGGAGUGAAGUCAUAGCAUUGUAUGGGGUAUGGGGAGUACAGAGGCUUUCACUGACGUUGAGAGAGGCUUUCACAGGUGCUAUUGCACACAAAAACCACAUUGAGGAUGCUGGCAUUACAGCCGAAGCUUUAUAAAUAAAUACAUUCUAUGCAUGCCUGCACAUAUUGGCUCUUCUGAUUUUACAUGCUGUGGAAAAUCACCAAGUCACAGGAUAUGCAUUGGGCCUCCAUUUGAAAGGAAGUUCUUAUAGAUGCUGGUUGAAUGUGUAAUCUUUUGUUUACAGUGCAGAUGUACCUCGGUCUAGUGCAGCCCUGUAAAUAUAAGCAGUCUGCAUUUGCACCCUUCAGGUUUACAGCAUGUGCUUUGUGCAAUGAUGCUUACUCAGGAUGAUAAGUGAUGCUGCAAGACCUAUGCUUUAGGGAACUAUUUAAGUUGUCUGUGCAUAAUCAGUAUCAUCAUGAAAUUAUAGCUAAAUUGCAGCUGUUCAGCGCGAAGCAUUGCCUGCUUACUUCUGCCGCAGAUGGUGUGUGGCACAUCUGAUGUGCUCAGAAAUGUCUGUAUCCUUUCCCAAGGGUUUGACAGUAAACACCAUUAAAGAAACAAAAUAGUUCCUAGGUUGGGGAUUGAGUCUUCUGCUCUUGAGUAUGAUCUCUCCCCCUUCCCCGUUUUUCAUCUUGAUGCUUCAGAUGAAGUGAAGAGCAUUUAUGUCACUGAUAACUGCAUACGCUCCAGCUGGAAGCAUCUGCAUCCACAGAGAAAACAGAGCAAUGCUUACCUUUUAUUACCUUUGCUGUAAUGUUCUACUGUGCCAGCCAGCAAACUCUGCCUGGGAUUCAUAGAGCUGUUCUGUCUCAUGUGAACUACCCUCAUAGAAUUUCUGACUCCAGUGCCAUGUCAUAAACUACUUUUGAAAGUCCCACAGUUGAAUAAGAAAAUAUCUAAAGUCUCCUUUGUUCAUAGUAUUCUGGAUCCUGGCCUUUGUGAGCAAUACCUUGCCCCUUUUAAGCACAAAAAUAUGGAGCUUUAGAAAGCAUUGUUGCUUCUGUGUUGACUGUUAGAAAUCUGCACUGUUUUAUUUCAUUCAUUUCUCCUUAUUAAAACUAUAACUUCUUUGAGUUUCUUCAUUAUUAAAAUAAUUGGUAUGCAGUAGUGGUGUUUGUGUGAACCAACAAAAAUCUUUUUUUGGGUAGCCCUGUGAGCUUCAGUCCGUAGCUUGCAAAACUUUGCAGGAUUCUAACUCCUCCUUUUUUCCUUAAAUAAGGGCUUUCGGAUUCUGAUGAAAACUGCAGGAGGUUUAUGGACAGAUGUAUGCCUGAAGCAUUUAAAAAGGUAGGUGUAAGAGAAAAUUACAGUGGAUUCUAUCUAGUGCUGUAGAUAGGAGAGUAGGCGGUAUAUAACUCAUAAAGUGACAGCUUGCUACAUUCUGAUACUGUAGCAAGUAAGGAGCAAGAGGGCAAGUUACAAUAAUGGACAUGGUUGACAAAUACUAUUGUGCUAUUCCACUUCAAAUUUGCAGAGUUAAGAGCUGCAUUUGAUUUUUCUUUGGCAUGUUGCAGCAGUUUUGUGGUGUUCUACAAAAUAGGUCAUUUUUUAUUGGGACAGCAAAUGGGGACAGGAGAAUGGGGCUAUUGAGAAAAGUUUGUAGGAAUAAGGACAGGAGUUUGUUUGGGGUUUUUAAAAGUGGAUUAGUGAGGUUAUGCCAAGUGAAGAUGUUCUCCUAGCCACCUCUGGUCUUGGAAUGUAUUGAAGAUAUUGUGUUCUCUAAAUAUUCUAUGCCUAAAAAUGGAAUCUUCUUAAAACUGGGAUGGGGAGCUAAGGUAGAUGCCGGCUGUUCUUUCCAGGUUUAAAAUCUGCCUUCAGAAGUUGUUUGUUGCUAAAUAGAUAGCUCCAAAAGCAUUUCAAGGCUAGCAAAAAGGUACUCUUUUCCCCCUUGUAGAUCCAUGUCAGCAUUUUAACACAUUCUGUGCUCCUUUGCAGCUGUUGACAUCAAGCGCUGUUCAUAAAUGGGGUACCGAAAUCCAUGAGGGAAUCUACAACAUGUUGAUGCUACUAGUAGAUCUGGCUGCAGAGAGGAUAAAGCAAGAUCCUAUCCCUGUUGGUCUUCUCGCUGUACUCACAAUGGUAUUGCAGUUACUUGAUCUCAAGGCUAUUCAGCAUGAAAAUCUUACAACUGGACAUCUGUUCAUCCUAAACGCAUGGCUUAUUAAAAUGUAAAAUCUAGAAAAGACAUUUCUUGCUUAUAUUUGCAUACUCAAUGCAUUCCGCCAAAUCAUGAUUAAGGAAGCUUUUAACUAUGACUUAGUGUGAUGUUUGAAUUGACAAGACAUAUUGAAUUGACAAGACAUCACCCAUUGAACCAGAAUAAGAAACCUAGUUUGAAGUGGUUUUUUGAACCAUGGCUUGUACUAUUCUGGUUUGCCAUGUCUGAACUGACAAACCAUAGUUAUGGCUGUUGUGUCAUUUUCCAAGAACUACUCCAAACCUUGGCUUUCCUGUAUAUUUGGAAAUUCAAACCACUUAGGUUCUAAACUAUAGAGAAUGUAAUUAAUAACUUAGCAAGAUGUAUGUUCAUACUUUGCUUUGACACUUGGUAUUCCACUGUCUGCAAUGACUUUAAACUUGUCAAUUUACUGUUUUUAAGAAAUGUGAAGAGGGAGUGACCAUAUCUCAGUGGUAGAGCACAUAGUCUGCAAUCUCAAGAUCCCAGGUUCAAUUCCUGGCAUCUUCAGUUAGAAGGAUCAGGUGGUAGGCAAUGGGAAAGAUCUCCCUCUGUCUGGGACCCUGAAGAGCUGGUGCUUGUCAGAAUAGACCAUACUAGAGCGGAUGAGCAAACAUUCUAACCUGGUAUAGGGCUGCUUUUUGAGGUUUCACUCACAAUAUUUCACUUUUCAUUUUAAAAGCCAAAGUUAAGCAUCCAUGUUAAUAUCUACAUAAACAAAAUCCGAAGCAAUGCAUUUCGCCAGUCUAGGCUCCAAUAGCCACCCAGUGUUUUGUCAAAGAAAAUUGGUUUUGAGAUACUAAAACCAUGUCUUCUAUUUCUUCACUCUGAAGUUCUGGUCCUGCUUUUACAAAAGUGUAUGUACUUCUUGAUGUUCAAACACUUUUCUUUCAUCAGGAAAACCUGAUGAAAAGCCACUUGAUCCAAAUGUGUUUUACAUUGGAAAAUUGCUAAUCCUAUAUGUCUGCUUUCUUGUCACACCUUUCGCUCUAGGCUCUUAAUCCUGAUAAUGAGUACCAUUUCAAGAACCGAAUGAAAGUAUGCCAAAGGAACUGGGCAGAAGUAUUUGGAGAGGGCAAUAUGUAUGCUGUCUCACCCAUAUCUACUUUCCAGAAGGUAAAUGUGUACACUUCAGGUCUCUUACUAGAAGUCAGACAGAAUUUAAGUUGUGUUUUAGUGCAAUAUAUGUGUCACUUGAAAUAAACAUUGCCAUUUCCUCCCCACCCCCUUUCCCAUAUCUAACAAUUUAUCAAUCUGUCUCAUUGACAGUAGCCUUUCAUGUGCUAUUAUUUCUGCUACUUUGACUAUAAUAAGGGUUUAAUUACCACUCCAACCACAGUGCUCUUUUCUAGAUCUUAGUGGUGACCACAGUGUAGCUGUGGUUUAGACUGUCGUAUGGGUGUGAUAAUUUCCAGUCCUUUUAGAUCUGAAUAGUGGCUAAGGAAGUGAUAUAAGGAAGUGAUAAAUGAAUAAAUAAAAAUUCGGUCAUGAGACUUUUUAGACACUUUUGCAGCAUUGAGCUUAUUGGUGCCAAAAUAUUGCUUCUAAUUUCAUUCCUUAAAAAAAACAACCCUUCUACUCCAUUAUGGGUUAUAAAUAUAACUGAUUCUGUGUCACCAACUCCAUAUCCUAAUCUUGCCAUAGAAUCAUAGACUCAUAGACCAUAAUACAUUAUAAUAGGUUAGGCAAUGUUUGGGAAGUGGAUAGUGCUAACCAUCUCAUCCAGAAAUGUUAUGUGCCUUAUCUGAGCAGUUGUCGGCAGGCAGUGCAUGUGUUGUAUUUGCAGUGACCAGUUGUGCAUGAAGUAAUCUAGAGCUCUAAAUGAAACACACAAUUAAAACACCAUUAUUUUACAAAGUAUCCUUGUGGGGGAAAUGCUACUGAUUUGUUAACAUCUCUGUUGGCUAGGAACCACAUGGAUGGCUAGUGGACUUAGUGAAUAGGGUAAGUAAAUGAUAAAGCAUUAUUUAUUCUGAACCAUCUGCACAUAUAGGGCACUAUAAAGACUCUCAUUAAACAAAAAUAAAACCAGUUCCUGGGGUGGGGUGGGGGACGAAAAGAGGAUGAGAAGAAUGACUGUGAAGCAAUACAGUUAAAAAUAUUUAAGCUGCGAUUAAGUUGGAAAUAAGGGUGAAAGUGUUGGUCAAAAGACAUACGGGGAAAAUAAGAUACAUUUGAGGAAGGAUCUGAAGUGGAAGUGUUAGCACCAUGUCUAUAUUCAGGGAGAUCACAAAAGAGAAUGAAUGGGUUGUAAUUUAAAGCAAGAGGACUUCCGUCAGUGAAGGAUGUUAGCACUGGAAGAAUGAGGAUCAUAUAUAGGCAUGUAUUUUUAAAUGAUAUCCAGUGGAUGAAUUUAUAGUGGUAACUGAAGGGAAUGGGAAGUAUUUGAAGGGAAAUGGGAGAGGUGAAUGUUUUUGUCAGCAGGAUGAGUAUUUUUAGCACCAAAUAUGAGGGAGAGGCUAGAGUUCUGUGGAGAGGCUUCCAAGGCUCAUUUUGUAUGUGUGUGCACACAUGUGCAUGUAUGCAGCAUUAUUCUUGCAAAAUGUUCAUGUGUCAGUUUUCAUCAUUUAUCUGGAGCUGUAAUAGAGUAAGAAGAAAUGUAUGGUGCAUAUGGAAAAAUAGUUUUACCUCUUAAAGGGAUUUGUCAUCAAUUUACAUGUGAAAUGCCAUUGAACUGAGUGUUCUAGGUGAACUUCAGAAAAAUAUGAGUCUUUGACAGAGAGAACUGCACUAGUAGUUUUCCUAUCCUCCUAUGAGAAUUGUUGUACCUUUACCUCCAUUACUGAAAUAGUAAAAUCCUUAGACUCAGCAUACCUUACUGAUACACUUUCCUGUGGUGGACAACUGAAGGAAAUGCUCAUCUAUUCAUGCCUGUUUCUGAGACCUAUCACACUACUUUUAUUUAUAUAGUUCAUGUCUUUGACGGUGUUGUUUGUAUACUUAUUUAGUUUGCAGAAUUAGGUGGAUUUUCUGCAAUUCAGUCUAAGCUUCAUUCAGAAGAUAUUGAACUUGGGGUAAGUUAAAAUCCAGAUCAUUUCCCUUUGUUUUAUGAAUCUUUCACAGUAGAUGGCUCUUGUUCAAUACUUAUGAAUUUUCUACUGUUGUGGAACUGAAGUAAUAUUUUAGUCUCAAGAUGUGCUGGGUGAAGCAAACACAACUUCUAAAACUGUAGUGUGAAUUGGUGUGCUUCAUUGCAUUACCUUUAGGCUGUGUUUGCUGCUGCUGUCGUCAAGCAAAACUAUACUAGCCAUGUUCAUCUGUCUGUUUUAUCAAAUACCAUUCUCUUGUCUUAGUCUCAUAUGCUAGGGACCAGUUUGGUCCCUUCUUGUGGUAUUUGCCUCGGGUCUGUUCUGUGUAUGUUCUUAAAUGCUUUCUCUUUCUUCUAGGCAGUAUCUUCUUUAGUUCAGCCUUUGGGGGUUUGCGCAGAGUAUCUCAAUUCUUCGGUAGUACAGGUAACUUUCUCUUUAAAAUUAUGUACAAUUAGUAACUUGCUCUGAGCUUUUUUUAAAAAAGUGAAACAAGUGUGGUUCAUUGCCCUAUGCCUUAUGUUUGUUUUUAAGGUAAUGAAUCUGCAAAAUACUUGUUUUGAAACUCAUAAUAUUAUAAUAAUAUAAUAACACCAAAUGAUGUUCACAUUAACAUUGAUGCUAUUAUUGUUAAAAACAACAGUCAGUUUGGGAUAACUCUAGAUAAUCUGCAAGAUACCUUUAUAGGACAGAUUGGAGGUGGGCGGACUGUGAGAUCCAAUUUGUACACUUAGAAUUAAAUAAUUCUGAACCCUGGAAUUUGUUUUUAGUGACAGAACUGAGUUUGCAGUCCUUCCACAUAAAAAUCCACUUCUCCAGCAGUUGAAUGGGGGGGGGGUCAUUUUGCUGCCAUUAUUAAACAAUUGGGAGUUGGAAAUCCUUGUUCUACUUUAACCCACCCAGAGAUCAAUCAGUAGGUCCUAAUCUAACAUUUGCCCACCCCAAUAUAGAUUUGUAUUUAUUUUUACAUUGGGAAGUAUCUAACAGUCACAUGUGAAGGUUGUUUGUACAACUGAUCUUUCUCCUCCCUACAGACACUUAAAAAGCCUUUCUGGAGGACUUCAUUGAACAACGUGGGCUGUUUACCUGUAAGGGGGGGUGUUGUCUGAAAUUGGGCACAAAAACCUUGCUUCCUUUGCCCAUUUUAGGGAGAGUUGCCUAUGACACAGCCCAUAGGAAAGCCCUCCAGAGAUGUUGUUCAGGGGUCUACAGGGGCGGGGGUGAAAAGAUUGGUUGAGUGAGCAGUUUCCACUCAGGCAAGCAGUGGAUACAACACUUUAUAAUUAAUUAAUUUGUUUGCUUCCUUACUUCACAUAUACUCACAUCAAAUUGGCUUACAUCUAUUUUAAUUGUAUCUAGUUUGUGUCAAAUAAUGGAACACUAGCAUAAGGCUUAUGUUCUGAGCAUGAGUGGAAUAUACUUUUGCUCAGGGGAGAGUGGUUGCAAUUUUUGUUUUCUGCACCACAUUAAAUCCCACUUGGGGAAACUUCCCUGAUCUUCCGAAGGGUGCAGGAAUAAAAGUUUUCCCUUUCAAGAAAGCCCUUGGAGUGGGGAGAUACAUUUCUUUUUAACAUACAAAAUGCCUGUUUCUUGUUUUACAGCCCAUGCUGGAUCCAGUAAUUCAUAAUAUGAUUAAAUAUGUACAGAAUGUUGAAGAGAAGGACCUGAAAGACAAGGUAAAACCUGAUUUUUCAGAUAUGACCUACAACUUGAACUGCAAUUUGAAAGUGUAAAACUGACAUUCCGUUAGCUCAUGCUGCUGCUCCCAUGCUUAAAAGCCUGUGUGUACUUAACUAAUGCUUGGUGAAACACUUGUAAUGACACUUGACAAAGAAUCAGCAUUAGAAGAUUUAGCUAUUAAUGCUGUCAGCUGCAGUGUUCUUAGUACACACUUUCCUUUAUAAAGUAAUUUAUUCUAUAUUUAUGAUUUAUUUAGAACAUGUUUACCCAGCUCUUCAGCUGGGUUACUUACAUGCAGUCAGUUAAUACAGGAAAGUGCCUGCCUACAGACUUACAGUCUAAAACACAAGAAAGAAGGGCUUGGGAAGGAAGAGGAAACUCAGGAUACCCAUUUAAAAAACAAAUAAAUAGUAAUUUCUAUAAUGACAGCAUGGAAUAGAAUUGUUCAGGGGCAGGAAGAGCCCGAUAAAGCAAGUCUUUUAGUGGAGCUGGUGGAGUGGCCCUGCUAGAAUGGUUGUUUCCGUGUAGCAGUCUACAUCAGGCAUAGGCAAACUCGGCCCUCCAGAUGUUUUGGGCUACAACUCCCAUCAUCCCUGACCACUGGUCCUGUUAGUUAGGGAUGAUCGGAGUUGUAGUCCGAAAACAUCUGGAGGGCCAAGUUUGCCUAUGCCUGGUCUACAUCCACAAUAGUUGCAAAUCAACACUCUUUGUUAUAGGAGGUUCAAAUCUUGUAUAGCUAUUGCUUUUUCAAAGCUUGUUUUAUAGACAAACAAAACUAAAAAAAGCUUAAUAACUUUUGCCAGAAAAAUGCUCAACAACUUUUGUGUCCAGAUUUUCACCUUUUGAAAUAUGGCAGCCCUACCCGUACAGUUUUAAAGGCUGCCUGAACUUAGGUGGUAUAUUCCUUGCCACUUGAAUUCAUCACUGAGGUCUCUAAAAAGCGCUCAUAAUUCUUAUGUUUCACAGAGGCUGGUCAGUAUCCCUGAACUCUUGUCUGCCAUCAAGCUCCUUUGCAUGCGAUUCCAACCUGACUUGGUAACAGUAGUAGAUGACCUGCGCUUAGAUAUCCUGUUGCGUAUGCUGAAAUCGCCACACUUCAGUGCAAAAAUGAACUCUCUCAAAGAAGUAAGUUUGCUAUGCUAAAAUCUUCAACUGAUUAGAUUGACAUUCACAAUUGGGUAUUUUCAACUUUCGCAGAUCUAGGACACACUUUUAUCCCAAACACUCAUUUGGCGACCAUUUUAUUGAUCUUUUACCAUAUAUGUGCAUGGUGGUGGUGCUCCUCUUGCAAGCCACCAUGGAUCAGGCUUCAGCCCAUGAAUGGGUCCUGAUCCAGUAGUUAAAGGCUAGUUCUCUAGCUCAUAUUAACCGUAGCAACUUAAUGAUAACCAUUGCUGAUUUGGAUCAUAAAGCUUUCAAAGAGAAAAUUCAGAGGCAUAGGAGGAAUCAAAAGAUUCUUAGAUUCUAUCCAUGGCUAUAAAUCCAUUUGAAGUUCACUUAUGGAAUAAGUGGCAAAUAUAUGGUGUUAGUGUGCAUUUAAAAGGCCUAAUAAACUUUUCAUGAGGCCAUUGAAAUAUUAAUGAUUUUACGGAGCUGGGCACUGCUCAGUGCAGUAAUGAAAAAUAGGAUAUAGUUUUGCUUAUUCCCUGGAUCUUCAAGUAUUUAGUGUUUCAGGCCUUGCAAACCUUCACAGUGAAGACACACAUUUACAGCCUUCCCAAGAACCACCCAUACGUACAGCAACUAACUUUCAAGUUUAUUUAUUUUAUUUCCUACACACUUUGGCUAUUGAUAUAUCUAGUUGUUACAAAUCCUCUGAGUGACACUGUGUUAAUUUUUAGGUAACAAAACUUAUUGAAGACAGCACUGUAUCCAAAUCAGUAAAGAACGCAAUAGAUACAGAUCGGUUAUUAAACUGGCUAGUAGAAAACUCUGUUCUUUCAAUUGCAUUAGAAGGUAAGUUUUUAAUAUCCUGCUGCAUUUCUGAACAGAAAGAAAGUUGAUAUUGUGGUUGCAGUCAGAAGGUGUGCUAAACUAUAUUUGGUGUUAAUGAAAGUGAGCCUUGUACUUGCAUGCUCCCUCAUUCCUCUUCCUCCAGGCUGGCUGCAAGGAAAUGAUGUGAAGCUUCUACUUACAUGAUUAAAAUAAAUUCAGAAUGUUGUCCAAACCCAGGCAAACUGGGGUUUAUCUUAACUGUGGUCGAUUGACACAAACCAUAGGUUAGAAACUUGGCUUGUUUCAAUUAACCAUUGUUAAGAUGAAGUGUUGUUUGGCUUUGGAUGAUUAAAAAAACUGAUGGAUGCUAAAAUUGUGUACUUUUUGCAGCCACACCAGAGUACGAGAAUAAAGUUUAUGAGCUAAGACUCGUAAUGCUAAAACACAGCACUUUGUCUGAACCAUUCAUGUAUCUGAAUAUUUUGGUGUAGAUAUUCCUGGUAAAAGUUCAUAUUUUAAUGAGUCUUUCAAAUUCUCUGGUAUUUUUAGAAGUAUCUUGGGUGCUACCAGCACCAAUCCAUUGGGGAAGAAAGGGCAUUUUAAAAAAUAUUAAGGGCCUUAGUUGUGUAGUGAAUGAGAUGGAGAGGGUUGUUAGAAAACAGAUCUUCACGUUACUGAACCUCUUCUUAGUUGUUUUGAAGGAGUAUAUAUUUUGUUAUUACCAUAUCAAAGACUUGAUUAAGGCAUUCCUUCUGGUUAGGCUCACUGUCCUGUUUCUUUCACUAGGUAACAUAGACCAAGCACAAUAUUGUGAUCGUAUAAAAGGAAUUAUUGAACUCCUGGGCAGCAAGUUAUCAUUAGAUGAGCUGACAAAAAUAUGGAGAAUACAGGUGAGGAUGUGCAGCAGUAUGACUCAGAGUUUGAAAUUCUUUUGACAGCAUUUGUGGAAUGUCUUUUUCAGGUGCAUGUAUAAAGAUCCCAAACCUAUCCAAAUUUAGCAGAUAAUAAUAGUGUGACUGAUCAUACGAUAGAUAUCCAUGGAGAUGGAAUAUGUGUUAUUCUACAGAAUUAGGACUCAUGGCAGGAAGUUGUGUUCGUGGAUGCUAAAUAGAUGCAUCAAUCCUAGGAUUGGAAGGAGUCCAGUAGGUCAUCUUGUUAAACAACUUGCCCAAGGGAAGUUUCACCUCAGUGAAUCUUAUCUUAUUUUAUUUUAUUUUAUUUUAUUUGCAAUCACAUAAAUAUGCCACAAGCAGAGAGCAGAGUUUGUUUCAAUGCAUGCUUCUCAGUACUUUCCUAUCACCAUAUUAAGUCCUGACAUCUUUAUCUUGUGUUGUGACUUUCCCAAACCUCAUAAGACAUAACUUGUUCAUGUCCUGCUGACCAGUGAUCUGCCUUACGCAAGUUUCCAAGAAGAUGUGUGACAACCACGCUCUGAUGCUAUAUGAGCAAGAAAACAAACAGUAUGGUGAUCACAUUUGCUGAGGCCCUGGAAAAAAUUAAACUAAGAUAGAAUCUUACGCUUCUAGUUUCAUCUCUUUUGUUUCUAGUUGUAUCUCUCUUCAAAUUCUGUGUGAAAGAGAAAACAUUGAGAGAUGUAUGAUUAUUAUUUUUUGUCCUAGUUUAGAACUGCUAGUUUUUUUAAUUGCUUUGCUAAAUUUCUUUGACACCCACAUACCUUUGCAUAUCUGUACAUUUUAUUCAGUCCAUCCAUCUUCCCACACACCAUUACAUUAUUUGGUUACUUAACUUAGAUAUUGCACUUUGAUAAACAGAGCUCUAGUAAUUCAUUUAUCUUCAAGGGCACUUCUAUCACUUUUCUUUUUUGCAGAAAUGAUGUUCAUUCAAAUUUCACAGAAGUGUUAAAGGCUGCAUGUUCUCUCCCUUCCCUGCCUCCUCACUGAUUAAUUUUAGUACUCUUAUAUGAAGCAACUAUGUCAAAUCUUCCUGUGCGCUGACUAUGUUAAGAAACUAUGGCCUGCUCUAUACCUCAAUUUAUGGUUAUUCAUAAAUUUAAUGGAAAAAUUCUGCAUGAAAAUUUGUGCUGGAAAAUUUCUGGAGUACAGAAAUGUAAUGAGCACAAGGAUCACCACUCCAAUUUACUUUAUAACUAGAUAUGGGCGUCUUUAGAAUAUCCACACAGCAUUAAGCUUAUAAAUAUGCAGUAGUCUGUAAAAUGGUGACAAAGCUCUUUAUUUCUGGCAUUGUUGCAACAAUGUGACGUACUUCAUCAUUUAUUUUGAGCACACUCAUUCUGCUGACAAACCUGUGACAUGUUCUAAAAAAAGAGAUCUUAAGGCUCUGUGUGUCUCUGAAUAUCACGUAUUAUAGAAUGUCUUUGUAGUCUAUCCCUUUCCAGUACUCUAGGACAUGGGUGUGUUGUGACUGACUAAGGUGAGUUGCAAAUCAAUGCCACAGCAUAGCAGGGAUGCAGGUUGAGUUGAUGUAGAAAGUUGUGAAGUCCACUGCUUUUAAGCACACAAUUUCCAGUAUUCUAAAUGGAUGACUUCUGUGGUUCAAUGUGUUUUCAGUCUCUCAACAUUACAUAGGAUACGUAUAACUAAAACUACUGCUACAAUAUUUUAAGGUGACUUCAUUUCUUUAGAUUUUGGCCAUACGUUAACUUCAGUUGUAUAUGAGAACAAAUAACAUUUGCACACUGCCCAUUCACAAGUAUACUUCUUGUUGCAAUAUGUAGCACCAAUAGUUUGGUUGAUAAAUUAGCAGCUCAGUAUUCCAUACAGUCUUCAUAUUUGCAUUACCUUUAGAAUGUUAAUUUCAAAUACUGUGCUAAUCUGCAUUCAUAUAAGGGUUGUUAGCACCUAUGUCAGCAACUUCUUUUGAUUUCGAACAAAUCAAUUCAGCCUUCCUGAAGGAUUGUGAGUCCUUUCUGACAUGGCUUGAGCAUUUAUUUCUGAAAUUUUACCUUCCAAGGUACUCAAAAGCACCAUCUUUUCUUAGAGAUGAAUGAAUGAUUCAUCUUUAUUUAAUUAUGUAGUAGUAGUUACACAAUGCCUGCAUUUCUACUGGUUCCAUUAGCCUCCAGAAUACCCAGAGCCUGAAACAGAAAGCGCCUCUGAAUUAGUAAUCAGUUUACUCAAUGACACACCUAGCAAACGGUAUCUGCCCUUCACACUUCGUAUAAAACCUUUCACAGAAUACAAAUACUUCCUUUGUUGUGUCCAAAACCUGAACGUAAAACCACAAAGUUGUCAGUGUGGUAUUUCUUGCAGUCUCUAAGAUGGGGCUACAGUCUUCCUCAUUCUUGCUUGAUAAUACGCAGUGUGAACCUAAGCAUGUUUAAUCAGAAACAUCUAUGUUUUCAGUGGGUGAGAAUGCCUAAGAUUCCAGAUUUUCUGUUUAAUAUACAUCUAUAAUCAUUUUUUCAAGUUCACCUUUUUUCAUAGCUGUCUCUUUAACUGUUGUUUUUCUCUCCUCUUUAAAGUCAGGACAGCCGUCAACUGUAAUAGAGAACAUCCACACCAUUAUUGCAGCAGCUGCUGUCAAGUUCAGCUCAGACCAGCUCAAUCAUCUCUUUGUCCUUAUUCAGAAGGUGAGGCAACUACAGCAAGACACUGAAAUAUAUAUUUUGAAGACUGUUUGGAUCUAAAGAUCAUAAUAUGGAUAACCAAAGCUUGGCCCAGUUGAAACUCAAAUUGUUUUUUGUUUUGUCUUUAUUCAUUCCCCCCCUUCCCUCCCCUUUUGUAGAGUUGGGAAUCUGAGAGUGAUAGAGUGAGACAGAAGCUGCUAAGCUUGAUAGGACGUAUUGGUCGGGAAGCACGUGUAGAGACAACCACUGGAAAGGCAUGAGUAAUAAAUUCCACUUAUAAGAGUUAACAUGGAGGCUAACUUCUGUAAUGAAUGUUGAUAUUUAUCUGUGUGUGUAUAUCCUUGCAGGUUCUUGAGGUUCUCUGGGAGUUGGCUCAUCUUCCAACAUUGCCCAGCAGUUUGAUUCAACAAGCCUUGGAGGAGCAUUUGACAAUCCUUAGUGAUGCAUAUGCAGUGAAGGAGGCAAUAAAAAGAAGCUACAUCAUCAAAUGCAUAGAAGACAUCAAGAGGGUUAGUUUGCCUUAUCUCUCAGAAUGUAUAUUCCGUGCGCCCCGCCCCCAAAGCUUGGCACAUUCAUUAGUUCUCAAGUUUCACAGAAUGCCUUGAAAAGGGAGAGUGUGUGUAUCAGUUUGCUUCUUGUGAGAGUCAUAGCCAGUAUCUUGCCUUUGUUUCUGCCCAAAGGAGUGACUGUUUGCUGUGGGGAAGCUGCAAGAACGAAAUUUGCAAAUAGAUCCACGUGUCCUUCACAAUGUAAUCUAUAUAUAUUACAUAGAGAACUAAAUACUGGAUUUUGUGGAACUGAGGAAUAGCUAUAGUACAGACUACAAAAGUAAUCUAGAAUGGGGAAUAAAACUUGGAAUGUUUAUGCAGUCAUUGUUACUAAGCAUAUCUAUUACUGUACCUUCUCCUAAUAGUCAUCCCAACAUAAUAAUCCUCAGUUUGUGUGGGUGGUACCAGCUUUACGUCAGCUCCAUGAAAUCACACGCUCAUUUAUUAAGCAGACCUACCAAAAGCAAGAUAAGGUAAGAUACUUUUGAGACAAAAUUGUGUCUUGUGUGGAUUGAUAUGAUCAGGAGGGGAAAAUAUCAGGAGGGAAUGAAUCUAAAAAAUGGGAUGCGUUCAGAGACAACAUUGAAUACUGAGGGUUUGGGUACUUGGGACCUGAAAAUGUUUGUUUGUUAUUUCAGUGUAUAGAUCAGUGGUUCCCAGCCUUUACAAAUUUGAGGACCACUUUUUAACCUCAAUUUUUUUUGCAGGCCCUAGCAUACAAAUUGUUGUAAUUUUAGGCUCUGUUAAUUGAGAAAACACUAUUAUGUACUCAAUACAGCAUGCUAGAUUUUAAAGAAGGGGGGAAUGUGUGAAAGGGGGGGGGGAAUGUGUUUCUUUGGGUGGUCUUAAGAGCUGUCAGCAGUAGGAUCUCCCAGAAAUAGCUAUUUCCCACUAUUCAGAUUGUGUCCGAAUAUCUGGUCUGGUGUAACUCACAAGUUCACAUACCAUGUUGUAAACUCUGGCGUGGUCAGAUAUAUUAGUUCUGAUUAAAGAUGUUCUUCUGGCUCUCCUUUUUUUCGCAAUAAAGGCUGUCUUAUAUUGAGCCGCUUUUCCUCAGACCCCACCCUCUAUCAGCAGGAUCUUCCAUUAUUUCCCAUUUUAUCUUUGUAUCGCCCUCUCCUCUUAAUAUUUUUUUAAAAAACUAUCCUUUAGAAAGCUUGUAUCAGACCCUAGCCUUACUUAUUUUGUUGAUCCAGAUAAUGAUGAUUUAAUUAGGGUUUUUCAGCUCUGCAUCAAUACUUUAUAUUUGUAAGGUUACCCAGUAUUUUAUCCUUUAACCUUAUUAAACUUUACUUGUGUAGUUCUUGAUUAAAUUCUACUAAGUAGAGGAAACGUAUUGGCUGACACUGUGGGCCUAAAGUCUCAUCCUUGAAUCCCAAAUCUUCUUUGUAUUUAGCCCCCCUCUUUCUAACUUUAUCCCUUUGACAUGGCACCUGUUGUGUAGGGAACUGAUGUGAAAAACAGCUAUCAAACCCUGGGUCUGCUACAUAGAAAUCAGACUUAGACUUCCUCUUUGAGCAAAGCAAUCGCUGUCACAAUGCCAUGCCAUAUUAGUGUCGUUCUUAAUGCUAAGUAUUCGUAGUAAGUUCAGAUUUGGCUUUGGAAACGAAAGAGCACGAUUUUGUUCUGUGCUAACUGAAGUAUAUAUUUGAAGUGCUUAGUACUUCUUUCUGCACGACUAGUGUCAUGACUGGAAACUGUGGUGAAUGAGGAUAGAAAUUAUGAGACUUUUGAGGCCCUUAUUGAAUAGAUGGCCAGGGGGGGUGCAGCGAGGGAAACUUGUAUUCGAGUCUUGAAAGUCUAAUUGCGCAUGUUGUAAUGCUCUGCUUAACACAUCUUUUCCAAUACUUCUGCCAAGAGCAUUAUUCAGGAUCUGAAGAAAAACUUUGAAAUAGUGAAGCUGGUGACAAGCAGCUUAAUAGCAUGCCACCGAUUGGCCGCAUCCGUGGCAGGUCCUGGGGGCCUGUCAGGAGCAACCUUAGUGGAUUGCCGAUACACGUAUCGGGAGGUAAGCCAACUUGUGACGUUCAAACCAGCUCAUUUGGGGAUAGCCCUGUAUAGAAGCAACUUGUCUCUUUACUGAGGUAGUGAGCUUCAAUCCCUCAAACCUCAAAUUUACAAAAUGUUUCAUAAAGGUCUGUUUGGAAAUGUUAAUUGCAGUUUGUGUUUGCUUCCUUUUCAGUACUUGGAGGCACAUCUCAAAUUUCUGGCAUUUUUUCUCCAAGAGGCGACGCUUUACUUAGGAUGGAAUCGCGCUAGGGAAAUCUGGGAAUGCCUUGUGACAGGCCAAGAUGUUUGUGAACUAGAUCGAGAGGUGAGAUGCUGCUGUUGAAUGUCCUUAGAAUAAAUGUAGCACUAAUUUACUUGGAAACAAUGUAUCCUAAAGAUGAUCUGGGGCUAAAAUCAAAACACACUAGGAAAACAAAAUCGUUUCACAAAUCUGUAAAAAAAUAAGGUGCUGUUAUGAAUGUUUGAGGGGCUAUCGGAAGUAGACAAAAAUUACUUUUAAUUCUCAAUCAUACGGAUACUAGAGUUUUCUUAAAUUGUUAGCAAUCCUCAAUGAAAUUCUGGUGCGUGGAGUAAAUCAUAGUAUGGCGGAUAUUUUAGAGCAAUGUAAAAUAUAUCAUUUAAAAACAGAAUGUGAACCAUAGUGUAAACUCUUUUCACAGAUGUGCUUUGAAUGGUUUACAAAGGGGCAGCACGAUCUCGAGAGUGAUGUGCAGCAGCAGCUUUUUAAAGAAAAAAUUCUUAAAUUGGAGUCUUAUGAAAUCACUAUGAAUGGUAUGUAAGUAUUUUUGUUUUAUCAGCCUUCUGUAUAAUAGAUAUCUUAGAAUAAAAUUUGGGGGGCUUAAUAACUGCUGAAGAGACUAAUGAAGUCAGACUUUAAAGCUUUUAUUUUGCAUGAGUAAUGUUUCUGUGUUUGUUUAAAUGAAAAUAGCAGAAUUCCUUUAAAAUGUUAAUUUUUAAAAACAGGUUUUGGUUUGUUUAAGACCUUUUUUGAAAAUGUGAACCUCUGUGAUCAUCGAUUGAAACGUCAAGGAACUCAGCUGGUAAGCAGCUUUCUAUAAACUUGUUCCAGUGCAGUUCAUAGGUCACAGCUGGCAAGUUUAUUUGGAAAAUAGUGUGCGCUAUAAAAUAGUGACCAUUGGGAAGUGGCAGUUAGAAUGUGGCUCUUCAAAGCUAUAGUUACGGAUUUUCCCUGACAUUACUGGGAUUUCAAAGGCAGAAUUGACAUCCAGGGGAAUUUUUGAAAGGCAGCACUUUGCCCUGGAUCUUAGGCAAGUCAAUUUUUUAAAAAAGUGUUUUUUCCCCUAACAAAAGCUCAACAAUUUUGGGGGUUCCUUUAAAUAAUCUCAACAAUUUUGGGGUGCCCUGGUUUUUACUUUUUGAAAUAUGGCAACCCUACCAUAGUACAUUAAUUUGUCCUAAGUCAAGAUUAGGUUUAGGGCUCAGAUCAGUUUUCUUUAACUUACUCAUAUGAAACAAUCCAUGAGCACAGUUAAAUUCUUUGCUUCUAUAUGCCUGGGAGGGAGGGGAUUUUUCUAGGAUUAACCAAUAUAAUUAGAGUCCUUAUUUGUACUCAUAUUACUAUUACUUGUUAUUAAUAAUAGUAUCUUCAGGAUACUAGGAUAAAGCUGUGCAACAUGUGAAAUAUUUCAAUAGUGUACUCUGAUCUGGGUGCUAACAAUCUUAGUUUCUCUCUUAUUUUGUCUAGCAUGUAGAAAAACUGGAAUUAAUAGGAAUGGAUUUUAUUUGGAAGAUCGCAAUGGAGUCACCUGAUGAAGAAAUAGCGAAUGAAGCUAUUCAGCUAAUAAUAAACUAUAGUUACAUCAAUCUAAAUCCAAGACUAAAGAAGGUAACAACUCUGAAUUGUUUGGUUGCUGUACUUGCCCCAGAAGAUGAGAUGUAGGCUGCCUUCAGACGAUCCUAACCCAGCGUUCGGCAUCUGUGUUAAAAGAACAUAUGAGAGUAGGCAGCGAAGACUAACCUGGUAGCUCCAUGUGGGCACCCCAUCCUCAUUGCUCUCCAUGACUUGGAGGGAUAGCUGCUUCUGCAGUGGAGAGCCUGCUCUAUUUAUGUGGGUUCCUCAUGUGAUUUUCAAGGAUUCUAAAUCUCACCGGUUGCCAAAAUGAGUAGAGCAGGCUCUCUGCUGCAGAAGAAGGUAUUCCUCCAGCUCAAGGAGGGUGACAUGGCUGGGGAGUCAGAGGUUGUGUCCCUGUCCUCACUCUUCCACCUUGCAUGUUGUUGUAAACAAAUAUAGAAUGCCUCAGUAUUGCCCCUGAAAUGUGCAAUCCCACCUCUUCCUUUGCGUGCACGGGGAAAAGAGAUUAGUAGCUUCCACUUGUUGACAAUUGAUAGUUUGCUGCAUUUGUAUGGAACUACAAACUAUUAGCUUGUCACUGAUUUGAAGUUAACUUGUCACUGAUUGAAGUUAAAUUGUCACUGAUUUGAAGUUGAACUUCUUUCUCUGCAUCUGCAUGCUUCUUUGCACAGGAAGGAAGAGGGAAGGGGAAGUGUGUGUGUGUGUGUGUGUGUGUGUGUGUGAGAGAGAGAGAGUGUGUGUGUGUGUGUGUGUGUGUGAGUGUGUGUGCGUGUGUGUGCGCGCGCGCUUACUGCUGUUCAUACAUAAUGGCAAGCCAUGGUUUUGGUUGUCUGAAUAGAGACAUGGACCGUGUACGUUUUUGUAUUACCAACACGCUUUCUCCUAUCCGUGCUCAUGCUUAAAUUCAGUAAUAUGUGUAUAGUAGCAGUUCACUGUAUGUACUCUUGCUCUCUCUGCAUGUGUGUGAAUUAAUGUUUUUAAUAUAGUUUAAUUUAAUUUUCAUUCUUUUCAGGAUUCAGUGUCACUCCAUAAGAAAUUCAUUGCGGAUUGUUACACAAGAUUAGAAGUAAGUGUCAAUCUUUUUUUAAAAAAUAUGUCCUGUUGUAUUUUUUUAUUCUUACAUAAUUGUAAAAUAAUUUCCAGCAUUCCACCUUGUACUGUACAGAAAGCCCUUUCUCAGCUGGAGUAAUGGAGCAGCCACCAUGUUGGGUUAUAUCCACUAAUUAUUUGGGGCAGCAGGGAACUCCAUGGUAGACUUGUGACCCUAGACAACGCCAGUUCUUUUCCUGUCUUUGCCUGGGACACUGAACAUUCUCCCACUUUUGACCCAAGUAGAGUUAUUCUUUUUUUUGGAAUUGUAUUUACCAUCUCUCUCCUGCCAUGGUUGGAACUGGAGCCAGGAGCCUAGAGUCAGAGAUCUUUUACCUGUUUCCUUGCCUUGGGUAUAACCCUCAAGAAUCUUAACUAGAUAGAGUAUUCACAGGGCUGCUUUCUUGAAUAUCAUUAAAAUGAAGGUUUGUAGAGAUGUCUGCCUGUUAUGUCUUGGCGCUAGGAAAUUACUUUGCAGAUAAAAGGCAAAGUUUAGGUUCUCAGUGCUGAAGAAGUUGCCGCACCAUUAUGUGGCCUUCCUUGUAAUCCAGAAAUAGCAUGAUGUUUCUUUCUUUCUAGGCAGCCAGUUCAGCACUUGGUGGUCCAACGCUGACACAUGCUGUCACAAGAGCUACCAAAAUGCUAACAGCAACUGCGAUGCCUACUGUGGCAACAUCGGUACAGUCUCCAUACAGGUAAGGUUUUGGUUUAGGAAUAGAUAAAUAUGAUCUAUGUUGGUUUGUUCUAGAUAACCAUGAUUUAGAGGACUGGGAAUGUGCUGAAGGCUCACACCUUCCUUCAGUUUCAAGUUUUCCGUAACCAUGCCUUGCUAAGAUAUGCAAAACCAUGGUAUGAAAUCCUCUUUAAACCAUGCUAAUGUGGUUAGCUGUAACCACAGUUUGCCCAACUUGCUUGUGUUAAAAGAAACCUCAGUGAUGAGGAGUCUCAUAUCUCACAUUCCUGAUCCACUAAACUUUAGAAUGUUACAUCUGAACCAGGUAUUCUUGUUUGUGUGUGAAAUGGAUAUGGGCCAAAGAAACUACCGAAAUUAGAACUGGCACCCACAGUUUCAUAAUACAUAAACGCUUUACAAAGGAUAGGUUUAUUCAAUGUAUUUGUUCCCACAAAUGAAUGUUUCUGGUGUAGUUUUGUUUGUUUGUUUGUUUGUUUUUAAAUACCUUACAAAACCAAGUCUCUGGUUACAAAAAGAAAUGUUGAGUAAACACUUUUUUUAGGUUUGCUCAACUUAUGCUGGCCUGUGAUGAGAAGGAAAAUAAUACAAUACAGCACAAUACAAUAUACCUUAAGUUUACCUUUUGGAAAAUCAAAUGGUGCUCUGUUCCAGUUCCAAAAAAGAAGUGUUGUUCCUAUAUUAAACAAGUGUAGUAAUCGUGGAACAAAUAAUGUGCACUUCCAUUAAAUUGAUUUGGACAGCUGCUUAAAGAAGAUCAAAGUUGGUACUGGUAGUAUUUCUCGGGGGAUGUACAACAGCAUAGUAGUCAUUUAUGCAAUUGGGAGAAGUCUACAGUGAGGCUGCAGUUUACCAGAAACAGCACUGUAAAAAUCUUAAAUCUAAAUGUUUUCUGUUGCUGAUGUGGCUUCUGUGAUGCUGUUUCUACUGCUGUUUGGUCUCAUCUGUAUUUUUAUUUGUAAGCUGCAUUGAGUUUACUGUUACCACGGAAAGGUGUGAGAUAUAAAUACAUUAAUUAAAUAAAUAAAUGGAAAGAUGAAUUGGCCCAGGAAUACAGCCAAGUGCAGAAGCUGUUGCUAUUUCCCUAAAGCACUGACCACAUUCCCCCUGGCCCUGAGGGGAAGGAGGGCAAAUUGGAGGUAUAAAAUAGCAUCAAAAACUACAGUAAUCUGCAGCGCUGUCUUGCUAUUGGCUCUUCUCUCACACCUUCUUCCCCGCUAACAUUUCUUUAAAAUGUAUGUUGUACCUCACUUUUUAAGCCUUUUUCAGGUGAAAUAAUAAAGUGUGUUGCCAGGUUUAUCUUGAAUUAUGUGAGCCCCAAAUAACAAAAGUUUAGGAAAAACUGGGCUGAGUUUACUACUUAUACUCCUUCAUUCUUUUCUUUUGCUAGGCAAAAGUAGGGUUGGAAGUAUGUUUUAAGGAUGACUUUUUUUUCUCCUUGCUGCCACCGCCACCGGUACUUCACCACUAACCUGUGGUUACUUGGAAUGCAUAAUAUGAUAUGACCCAGUUUAGGAAUUUCUCUGGCUCUGCUUCACUUCAUUGUGUAAUGUGGAGCAGGUACAGCAAAACAGUGUGAAGACAUCACAUCACACUUCCUCUUUUUUAAAUCAAAUGUUACUGAGGUGAUGGUGGGGAGGAGUGAAUAAAUCUAACUCCUUGACUGUUGCCACCUUGAAACUUAGUUCCAGCUUCUGCAUACUCCUUGAUAGUGAGAAAUGUGUUUGGACCACCUAUCAGAUAGCGGCCACAGGGCAUAGUGUUGGUGGCUUUUGUCAGGCUGGUAGGUAUUUUCAAGGAGCUCAACUGAGAUCUCACCCAACUGUCUGCCAUUUUUUGAUUGCAAUCUCCAGGUCAACGAAACUUGUAAUAAUUGAGAGACUGCUGCUGUUGGCAGAACGCUACGUCAUCACUAUAGAGGUAAAAAAAAAGAAAUUUUGGUACCCAUGUCCCUUUAGUUUGAGUAGCCCAGUAAGUGCAAUGCUAAGUUUAGGCUUCAAGUUCUCCUGUUGUUGUUGUUGUUGCUCUUGCUAUUGUUCUUACUUAUUGAAUUUAUAUACCGCCCUAUCUUCUUCUUCUUUGGCGAUCACUCAUAGCCGAGUAAGAUUGUCUUCAUAAACACGGUUUUAACAAUGAGUCUGUAAGUGACUGUGGAGGCCAAUUCUGGACCCACACAUCCUUCCACAGUGGGGACAUUGGUUCCCAGGUGGGAGUUGAUCACAGUGUGGAUUUGCCAAGCAUGCCUUCCUCUUAGCAAGUUUCUCCCUUGCAUCCUGAGUUUGGGUGUCUUCAAAGUCCAUGACACCUUUGGUAAAGGCUGUUCUCCAACUGGAGCACUUGCAGGCCAGUGUUUCCCAGUUGUCGGUGUCUAUACUACAUUUUUUUAGAUUUGCCUUGAGACCCAAAGGUCUCAAGGUGGUUUACAAAACAAAAUCAAAAUAUUAAACCACAAAAUACGUAAUCAAAAUAAAAACAGCAACCCAAUAACACACACAUCCCACUGUAGACUCAUUGUUUAAGCAAGCAAGUUUCUAUUACCUUUGGGCUACAUCAGAGAGUGAGGAGGAUGGGAACCAACGCAGAACUGGAUUGAAAAGGCUACAGUUUUAUUAGUGGUGGCUGUUUUUGUAAUUGGCUGAACUGUGGCAGGGCAAGUGAUCUAGUGAACUGGUCCUGGAUCCCCAGUCUCUCAAGUUUUGGGAAGAGAUUUAUACCUUGGAAGGUGACUAAGAAGUCCUAAUAAUAGCAACUACUAUUACAACCCCUUAACAGCCCACUGCAACAACAGUAGCAUGCAGUGAUCGGAUCUUGCUCCAUGAUCAUGGGCCCUGCUUACUACCCAAGUGAAUGAGAACACUGAGCUUUACCCGAAAUUGGGUCUCCUUUGAAUGACCUAGGAGCAGGCUGGAGAGAAGAUCUCCAUUCUAGACCACCGCAACCCUCUCCACCCACAGGCCAUGCGGCACCAAGCUGACUCGCUGAGGGACAAGACCCAGGAACAGUGCAGUGGCAAAGGCAUGGACUUGGAGCUGCAUGGCCUCUACACUGACAGGCAGUGGCUCUUCAUGAUUUCGUAGCAGGAGCAUUCCCAGCCCCAGCUGGAGCUUCUGGGAAUUAAACCAGAGACCUUCUGCAUACAAAGCAGAUGUUCUGCCACUGAGUCCCAGCCAGCAUGGGCAGCGAUGAUGAUGUCCAAAAUACCUGGAGCACACCAGGUUGGGGAAGGCUUUGCUGUAUAAUGGACGGAUCAUUGUGACAGCUAAAACACAGAUAAAAAUGUUCAGUUGAUCAGCUUAUGCAGUUUACAUUUUAAAUUGUUCCUUGAUCAUUUGUGUCAAAGGUCACUUUUACCACUUUCUUUCCGUAGGACCUUUACUCCGUUCCACGUACUAUUCUACCUCACGGUGCCUCCUUUCAUGGACAUCUUUUAACGCUUAAUGUUAUGUAUGAAUCUACCAAAGAUACCUUUACAGUAGAGGUAUGCUCUUGCAAUUUUAUUGCAUUUUAAAAUACUCAUAUUUAAGGUGUGAAAAUUCUCAGCAGAAAGGGAGUUGGGUGCUGAUGCAAAGCAGGGGUCAGCAAACUUUUUCAGCAGAGGACCGGUCCGCUGUCCCUCAGACCUUGUGGGGGGGCCUGGACUUCAUUUUUUGAAGAAAAAAAUGAACGAAUUCCUAUUCCCCACAAAUAACCCAGAGAUGCAUUUUAAAUAAAAGGACACAUUCUACUCAUGUAAAAAUACGCUGAUUCCCGGACCAUCCGCUGGCUGGAUUUAGAAGGCGAUUGGGCCAGAUCCGGGCCCCAGGCCUUAGUUUGCCUACCCAUGAUACAAAGAAUAUAAUAGCAUUGGGAUGUGCUAAAUAAUAUGUUUUGAGCGUGUUAUAUAUAAUGUCAGUGGUAUGCUGAGUAAAUGGGGAUUGCAGGAUAAUGUGGAAAAGUUUCAUGCGCUUGUCCCUUAUGGGUCACUGGUUUCUAUCUAAUAAUACUUCCUAGAACUGAGAACAUGAAUGAACUAACUUCCACUUCAUUUUUGCAGGCUCAUAGCAAUGAGAUCAUAGGGAGUGUCAGAUGGAAGAUAGCAAAGCUGUUGAAUGCUCCUGUGGAAAACAUACAGAUAUUUGCAAAUGACAGCUUGGUAUGUUAGGAUGAUUUUAUCAAUAUUCUAAAUGUGUACGGUUUGCAGAAGCUAAGAAAAGAUAUUGUAUUUCAGCUAACAGUGAAUAAAGAUCAAAAGCUACUUCACCAGUUGGGCUUUUCUGAAGAACAAGCACUUACAGUGAAGACAUCAGGAAGUGGAACCCCAUCAGCAAGCUCUGCUGAUUCCUCCACUAGCUCCAGCAACAGUAGUAAUGUCUUCAGUUCAUCAUAUGCAAUGGAACAGGUACAACAUGGGGGGAGUAAAUAUAGAUUUCACACGCACAAAGACACUUUUUCAUUAAUUAAGUUGGUUUCUUUUCACUUUAAAAACAUGCUUUCCAGUAUCUUCCAUUUCUCUGUACCUGCAUUGGUCAAUCGUGAUUCAAAUCUUUAUAAAAUUAGUUUGUCAGAAUUUGAAAAUCAAUUGGAAAGACUGAAGUGAGCUAGUGCUACAUGCAGUUACUUACACUGAUCCAGCACUUUUUCCCAGUCGAAUUGAGAUGCUUGAUAAAUCCAGCAGGAACUGCUAGCACACCUUUCUGGUUUUAUCAUCUGAUUUUGAUGAACGCAGGAUUUCAGUGAUCAUUUCAGAAAUGAAUGCAUCUGAAUUGUUUGAAGUAGUUCUAACUGUAAGCAGAAAUGGGAAAAGUAGAAAGCAUCCUCCAUGCUGCUGUUCAUUAUAUUUGAUGACAUGUUUUGGUUCACUCUGUACAUAAAAGUUAAAAGUAUUAGAGAUGUGAAGCUGUGGUUUCUUUGGCAGAAUUUUAGAUCAGCACUGCAGUUGUGUGUGUGUGUGUGUGUGUGUGUGUGUGAGAGAGAGAGAGAGAGAGAGAGAGAACUAUACAGGAUUCAGUGCCUUGUGUUGGCAAGUAGCUGACAUCCGUAGGCCAGGUUUUAAAUUUAUAUCGCUCAAUUUCUAAAAAUUGAGAACCCUAACAAAUUGCUUAAGAAAUAGGGGAGUUAAUUGUGUGUUCUUAAUCCCCAGGAAAAAUCCCUCCCUGGAGUGGUAAUGGCUCUUGUGUGUAAUGUGUUUGACAUGCUGUACCAGCUUGCGAACCUAGAAGAGCCAAGGUAAGUAGUGUUAUUGAAGACACCGUAGAAAUACUGUGGCUGCAAAAAUAAAUAAAUUUUGGAAGCCUUUACAAGUAGGCAUAGUGUCCAGCCCAGCAGAAAUUGAAUACAUUAUAUGUCUCUUGUAUUCUUCAGGAUUACUUUGAGAGUACGGAGGCUUCUUUUGCUGAUUCCUACUGACCCAGCUAUUCAGGAAGCUCUUGAUCAGCUAGAUUCUCUUGGACGAAAGGUAUAUAUUUUUCUGUUAACUACACAAUCAUAGUCUAGUUUUACUGAUUGAGAUUGGGAUUGAAAGGAAUGGAGAAAGAAAUAGGUAGGGCAUUAAAUUGUAGGCAUUAUAAAAUGCUGGGGAAAUGCUAGCCAUUGUGGAGCAAGAAUUGAACCAUCACUGGCUAAAUUAAUUUUAUUUCUCUUAUUAUUAAUGAUGUGUUGCUUUUGGGGGGGGAUUCCUUUGCUUAGCACACAUUACUUUCCUUCUAGGGAUUCAGAUAGCAUGGCUAAUGUGCUUAUCGCCACUGGGGCAAGAAAAAUGCCAUGUUAGCACAGUCGUGUAUUAGCUUGCUAGCUUCGUCUGUAAAGUUGGCACAGAAUCUAUUACUCGUAAAGUUCCUAAGCCACAGGCUCAUUUAACAUUCACCCUUAAGGAUGGCUGGCCUAGCUACCUAUACAGGAUAGUAGCAAAUAGUCAUUGAGUCCUAAACAUGUUUCAUAGAAGUUAGCAAACUACGUUAAAAUAAAUCUGGCAUUCACAAAACAUGUCUCUCCCGUAUCUCUCGCGCUGCAACCUUCCAACAGUUUUACUUCACCCCCAAAGGCACACUCCUGCAUUGUCUCCCAAGACAGAUGGAUGCCAGCUAUGAAAAAAUAAUAAUGUAAAUUCCAAAAAAUACUAAUUAAAGAGAAAUGGUAUUUACACUGGGGUGCAUCGAAAAAGAAGGGUGUGGCAUAAACCUUGUAAAAAUCUGCAGAUUGUAUUUUAUAGUUCUUUAUGGUAUUGAAUAGGGAUGGGGAAUCUGUGGCACUCCAGACAUCAAAUUUCCAUCAGCCUUAGUCGGCUGCACCAGUAGUUAGGGAUGGACUUGUAAUCCAACGAUACUGAGAAGGCCAUGAGUCCUCUGUCCCUGGUAUAGAGUAUAGCAAAAGGUGCUUGCAAGAGAUUUUAUUACUUUUUGGAAGUUCAGGACUCCGAAGACUAGCUGUCAUGGCUAUAUAACCGUGUUAUAUCAGAACUGCCUUCUUAUUUGUAUUUCUCUAUGCUUAUUCUUUUCUCAGAAAACAUUACUCUCUGAAUCAAACUCUCAGUCUUCAAAGUCGCCUUCUUUGUCUACAAAGCAUCAACACCAGCCUAGUGCUACUUCAAUACUUGAAAGUCUUUUCAGGUCUUUUGCCCCAGGAAUGUCUACUUUUAGAGUACUUUACAAUCUUGAGGUAAGAGUAAAUUGGCAUGGAAGUGUGGGGUAGGGUCAAAUAUCAAUUCUUUUGUUUUGCAUGUAGAAGACCCUGUGUUCAGUUCCUGGCAUCUCCAGGUAGAGUUGGGAAAGUUUUCUGUAUGAAACUUUGCCGCCAGUCAGCGACCUGGUUUACACCAUAAUACUAAAAUGUGACUUAGGCAAGUGUCAACAAACUCUGAGGAGGAGUCUGUGAACCCAAUGAUUUGUUGAGGCUCAUCUAUUUAGUGCUAAACUAUAGUUUAGUGCUUGGGUCCUCAAACAUUUUGAGUCCUAAGGCACAGCUGGAAAACUAAAAAAAGAUAAUGGAUGCCACAAUAUACCCAUUCACAGAAGAAAAAUGGGGUGAUGCCAGCACACACAAAACAAAGCUGGCAAAACAAACAUGCAAAACCCUCCAUCCCCCAAAAGGGGGAAAGGCAAGUAAUAAAAAGCAGCCCAGACUAACAAAACAAAAAAGCACAAAACCCUCAGCCGCAUGCCAACAUGCAGAAUACACACAGUGCUAGCAAACGAAAAGGAGUCAUUGAAUUCUCUUAAGAUGAAACUCUGCUGUAGUGACACUGUGUUUCCAGUUGUCCACAGUUGGGUUAUUUUUGCCUGGUUUCCAUAGUAGUGAUCCUGCUCUCUUGCAAUCAUCUAAACAUCUGUUUACCAGGUCGCAUGGCACUCCCUCACCACCUUGUAGUUCCUUAUCUUCUAUCUUCCAUUCUUUUUACAUACUAUGUAAAUAUACCAUAACUUCUCUCUUGAAAUAAUAGGGAUUGUCAUGGGCUUUGAAACACACAUCGUGAAAGCUUUGUUAGUAUUCAAGGACCUCUGGGUGUGUUAAUGUUCUUAAUUAUAUGGCAGGUGUUGAUAAAAGAAUUAAUUAACAUUAUUGAAAGGUCUCAUUGAAUUCAGAUGACCAAGUGCCGUAGGAUGGUGAGUUAAUUCUGAGUAGCAGUGUUAGAGUGUAAUAUGAACUCUGGCCCAGCUGAGCAUACUUUGCCUGUGGGUGAGAGAGGGACUUAGUGUAUUGCUCCAAUGAAACUCUGCCACUUACCUAAAGUCUGAAUAUUUUUCAGGUCCUGAGUUCCAAGCUAAUGCCUACAGCGGAUGAUGAAAUGGCAAGAAAUUGUGCCAAAUCUUUCUGCGAAAAUUUUCUCAGAGCAGGUGGCUUGAGGUUAGUUGAAAGAAAUAUUCUGAAGUGGAACCUUCCAGCUCUGCGAGAACUAGUCUUUAAGCAUUCUCAACUCAGUAUACAUUUAAUACUAGUAUAAGUACUGUAAAUGGUGCUCUCAAUAGUAGUAUUCGAGCAGCUAUUCCAAAUACUGUGGGGACAGCAUAAAUUACACUAGGUAGUUUGUCUUCUUUGUGUGUAUGAUGUUGAAUAAAUUGAGCAAGGGUUUUUUCCUGUCACCUUUCCACUUCCAUAAGCCUUUCUUCGUACAUCCUACACAAAGAGGUGUCAAAACUGCAGUGCAACCUGGAUAUCCUUGCUUUUUCAAUACUUCUUUCAGUGGUUGGUGCUGUCCUCCCAAAAUCUGUUAAGGUGUUUGCAGAAAAUGCUUUGUCAAAGAGUUCUGGAUAAUAGAUAGUACUAUGCCAUUGACCAUUGAAUCUGCACUUAACUUUGAAUGGGAGUAGACAAUUUGAGGCACUGAGAUGGCAUUGACUAUGCCCUACUAAUAAAGUAUUUAAAUAGUUGGUUAGAAUUUUUAAAAAAUAAGCUGGAGGUUGUAGGUAUUACAUGUCAUCUCUUAGCAUAUUUGCACUUCAGUACUUGACCGGCAAAUGAGAGCUGCUUAUAUUUGUAGUCUCCAGUGGUUGUGUGCUUAGAAUCAUAGAAUGGUAGAGUUGGAAGGGACCCUGAGGAUCUAGUCCAAACCCCUGCAAUGCAGCUGUUCCAUACAGGGAUUGAACCUGCAGCCUUGGCAUUAUCAGCACCAUGCUCUAACCAACUGAGCCAUAACACGCCAACAGAAGAGUAUGCCUUUGGACCACAGAAAGGAAGGAAGUGACAGGUGCUGCCAGUAUUGUGAUGGCACGGUCAUUGGAUCGGUGUCCAGAACAUUGUGGAGUGCAGAAAGAAGUUUAUGUACACCAGAGCCCUUGCUUUCCCCCAUUUCACCCACUGAUAGUCAGAAUUUGGUGGAGCCUGUCAACUGGCCCCCUGAUUUAGUGAUGGUGUUAGCGAGGCUGCUCUGUUUUAAGUGAUUAACACAUUAUAUUAAUCCUCAUCAAUACAGGGAAAUAUUUUCAACCAGCAGACUUCUACAUGUGUAAUAUGUUUCUUGUCUUAAAAAAAUACUUUUGAAUUAAAAAUCUCUAAAUUUAUUUUCCAGUUUGGUGGUGAAUGUUAUGCAGAGAGACUCCAUCCCAUCAGAAGUGGAUUAUGAAACAAGACAGGGAGUUUAUUCAAUCUGUCUGCAGCUGGCAAGGUAUGUGAUUGAUUUUUCAAAGGUAGAUAUGCAUGACCCUAAUCUGCUCAGUGUUUAAUCUUCCUAAGGUACAUAGUGCCUUCACUGUUCAAAACAGCACAAUUCUUUUUACGUUUAGGUUUUUGCUUGUUGGGCAAACUAUGCCUACCUUUCUUGAUGAUGAUAUUGUUAAACAUGGAGUGGAAACACUAUCGUCACGCCCAUUCCGUAAUGUGAGCCGGCAGACUACCAGGCAGAUGUCAAUGUGUGGAACCCCAGAGAAGUCCUCUUAUCGCCAGCUAUCUGUGUCAGACAGGUCCUCUAUCAGAGUGGAGGAGAUCAUUCCUGCUGCACGGGUUGCAAUCCAAGUAAGUAGGUCUAAUGUGGCAGCAGUAGCCCUGCUAAAGGCAGAGCUCAAACACCCGCUCUGCAGAAUUUUAGUACCUUUUUAAAAAAAUGCCACACUGCCAGAAAACCAGAGUUUUUCUCCUGUUUCCAACUAUGUUCCUUGGGUUUGGUGUUGCCUGUAAGUGCUUUUCUGGCCUAACACAUUGGUAUCUUGAACAAGAAUUCUUUUUCUUUUUCCUCCCCCAGACAAUGGAAGCAAAUGACUUCACUUCCACAGUUGCUUGUUUUAUGCGACUCUCAUGGGCGGCUGCUGCAGGGCGGCUUGACCUGGUGGGAAGCAGUCAGCCGAUCAAAGAAAGCAACACACUGUUCCCUGUUGGCAUUCGUAACCGUCUUAGCAGCUCAGGUACGCCGCUGACUUAACAGAAUUGAAACAGCUGAGAUUUGGCAAUGACCUCAGCUCUGUGUUGCUCAUAAGACUUUAUCACAACUGUAGCUGUUCAUUCCUAACUUGAGAGAUCUACACUUCUUUUAAUCUUUUGUCACUUGUUAACAUAUUGCAGGAAGCAAUUGCAGUUCAGGGAGUGAAGGAGAACCAACAGCUCUGCAUGCUGGGAUCUGUGUGAGGCAGCAUUCUGUAUCCACCAAAGAUGCACUGAUUGCAGGAGAGGCCUUGUCUCUCUUAGUUACAUGCCUACAGCUCCGCAGUCAGCAGCUAGGUAGGUUUGAGAGAAGUGGAUGAAGCUUUUCUGUUGUUUCCUGACCCUACAUUCAAUUGAGCCACAAAGACCCAGUCCCAAUUUGUUACCAUCCAACUCUGUUUUCACUUUCUCUCAACCUCUGCUUAUAUCUGGCACCCACAUUUUACUGUAACGCCAUAUAACACUAAUGAAUCUAUUAGAUUUUCCCAAUGAUAUUUUAAUACUAGGAGUAUUAAGUACUAUAGUGCUUUCUCACGAAACAAAUUGUGACAAUCCACAUUGUGUUUUUCUUAGGAUCUUUUUACAACCUCCCUUGUGUUGCUGACUUUAUCAUAGACAUACUACUUGGCUCACCAAGUGCAGAGGUAAGGUGCUUGCAUUUAUAUUCAGAGCAGUUCUCUUGCAGAGAGCAGGGCAUGUUCUGCCCUGUAGCAUGGACAAAGUGCUCGUGCCAGUGGCAGCUGAAAAACAUUUGCUACAGAUGAAGUUACUUAGGCUAUGCCACUGACUUUCAAGCAAGCAAGUUCCUAGGAUGAGAAAGCUGUGUUUUUCAGAGGACUGGACUUCUGGGAAUUAAAUUAACUGCAAGCAUUUUUUAUCAUACUUCAUACAGAUGUGCCAGUUUAAAACUGAAACUAAGAUUUGCCUCAAAAGCAGCAAUGGCUUGAUGACAUUUUUUUCCUUCCUCAAGUGAGCAAUUGGAGGAUGACAACCACUUGGUGCUGUCCUAGUGCCCACUCGAGAAAGAGCCUGCCUGGUCAAUUCUGUUCCUUACAUGCUUGUCUGUCUCAGCUAGCUUGGACAAAUUACGAUAGUAACUUGGGUGUUUUAAGAGUUUUCUAAGACAGUGGUAUUAGGUUUUGUGAUCUGACGUGUGCUUCUCCCCUGUUCCAGAUUCGUCGCGUGGCCUGUGACCAAUUGUAUACCCUCAGUCAGACAGACACAUCAGCUCACCCUGAUAUACAAAAACCAAACCAGUUUCUUUUGAGUGUCGUCCUUACCGCUCAGCUGCCGCUCUGGUCACCUACCAGCAUCAUGAGAGGCGUCAACCAGAGGCAAGUUGGAGGCAUGUUUGUUCAAUAGAGAAUGUAAGAAUUAAAAAUAAGCAUUUGUCUUAAAUGCUUAUUUAAGACAAGUGCAGUAAAAACCUGCGAAGGGGGGGGGGAGAGUGCUAGAAGUGAACUGAGAAGUUAUGAUUUCCCCUGUGGUUGCUUGAAUAGGAAUUGGAUAGCCAGGAAGUUACUGAAUCAUAAUGCAGCAUUGAACCACAAUCUACCCAGUACAAAGAGAGGAUAAGCAUUUGGAUGCAGUAGCAUAAGCCAGCAUACUAUGCUAACUUACUUUCAGAUUUGUUGAUCAUAGUAAAUGCACAAAAAACCAAUAGUGCUGUGAGGGUUUUUUGUGCUGUUUAAAAAUUACAUACAUGCCAAUAACAAAACUUCAGCCUUCUUCCUUUUUACCAUUAGAUUUCCAGUAAGAAAAUAAGCAUCCAUGAUGUUGAAUGUGCAGCAAUGUUUGCUUUAAAAGUUAAACAUUAAAUAUGAACACCAAAUCCCAGAUCUGCUUUCAGAGAAGGGGAUUUUAAGCUGAUAGCAUUUCAACAUAUUAUUCUGGGAUGAAUGAUGAUCAUCGCUACAAACAAUUCACUACUGUGAACUUAAAAUAAAAGCAAACCUUUGUUUUAUAGCAUAGAAUGUAAGUCAACAUGUUGGCUAGGUCUGAAUAAACAUCUUGCAUGUGUACAUGGUACCUGGGAAAGUAAAGAUUUCUGUAAAUAUUUUACAUGCUUCUGAGAUUCUUCCCCCCCCCCACCCCCCAGUAUUAAUUGCCUGAAUUUGCUUUUAGGCUUUUGUCCCAGUGUACAGAGUACUUUGACCUUAGAUGCCAGUUAUUGGACGAUCUCACAUGUAAGUAAUAGGAAUCAAAACUGCUCGAAACUUAAUGUACCAUAAGAAAAUGUCCCUUAUCCACAUGGUAAACGGUGCCAUCGAAGUUGAGUCAAGAAUUAAUAUUGAUUGCGCUUAUGGAGAGAGAGAAAUGUGUUUGUCUUGGAUUCUUAUCCUUCCUUCAUUAUUUGUGUCCUUGUAGUUCUGUGCGGGACUGUAUUUGCAUGGGCUAAAAACUCUGUUUCAGAGGUCAAGUGAAAGAUCAUCUGCCUCUCUCAUGAACUUUUUACCUGGGUCUUCUCUUUAGUUUUAGUGUGCAGUCUAAUUGUCUCAAGUGAUUAGUAGUUGACUCUGAGCACACAGGUGGGUAGCAGUACUACCCCAGCCAGAUGGGCGGGGUAUAAAUAAUAAAAGUAUUAUUAUUACCAUUUCCUACCUUUUCAAGACCAUAAGAAACUACACACUACAACUACCAUAGCAUUCGAUUUUCUUGCGGAUGGAAAUAACAUACAAGAGCCACUUUGGCUUUUUUCACAUUGUUUUAUAGAACUAGGAAAAGUGGCCAGGAUAAUGCUUGCAUGUUCUUUGCCACUAGGGGAUGUAUGUAGGAGUAUGAGCAAGUGAUAGAAAGGCAAAAGAGCCAAAAAAUGCUAUUUGCCUUUAUAAUAACUUUUUUUUUUAAAAAAAAGGAACGUUUACCUGUGUCUUGACAUUUCAUUUCCAAAAAGUAAUUCUGUGUUCAUUUUAAGCUAAAUGAUAUCUUUUAUAUGAAACAAAAUGUUAACCUAAGUUUGUCCAUCUGUUCUGUAGGCUUAACCCAUGUGGUUUUUCUUACCUAGCUUCAGAAAUGGAACAACUAAAGAUUAGCCCAGCUGCUAUGUUGGAGGAUGAGAUCACGUGGUUGGAUAACUUUGAACCUACCCGUGCAGCUGAAUGUGAAACCAGUGAAGCUGACAAUGUGUUGUUGGCGGGACAUUUGAGGCUCAUUAAGACCCUCCUGUCACUUUGCGGAACAGAGAAGGAAAUGCUAGGUAACUUGCUUUCAGUGCUUAGUUGUGUCAUUACAAUGUUAAACCUAGUGAUUUCUUCCUCGCUGCUGAGAUCGCUCAGGCUUCAGGUCACCAGAAUUCCUAAUUUGUCAGGUCAGGCUGCUUGCAUCUGGUUGCCAUGGGCAACAAGAGUUCUAAUUUUCACAGUGGAAAGAGAAUGGUUCUUCACCUCCUUUGUGGAGCAAGGUUUAAGCUUUCAGGCAAAUAAGCAAAUGCAGCAAAUUUGGCAGUAUGAACAACUAUCUCUUAGGAUAAGACCUGAGUGAGCAGAGGUUGUCUCACUUUCCUGCCUGCUUAGAACAUACUUCAAAUAGCAGUGGUCUUAAAUGAAAAUUAUUUGCUGUUUUCCACAUUUGAUUCGUAGUGCUUUGGUCAUAAACUAGACAAUUAGAACAAAAAUAACAGUUAUCUGGGGUUCUGAUAGCUAUAUGUGUAGCUUACAAUAAAACAGGAACUGCAUGUGAUGCCAUUUGAUAAUCAUUGCUUAGUUGUUUUAGUAAAGGGAGGGGAAACUCUGGUGGUGGUGCUCUUUAAAUACAGUGAAAGCUGCUAUAGUCCGGCUUGUGUUCUGCCAAGGUGAAGCUGUCUGUUCUGACACUGGCAGCAGUUAUCCAGUAAGACCUUUCUCAGCUCUGCUUCCUAUGAUCUGUUUAAGUGGAGAUGAUAGCAAAAGCAUGGUCCCUCACUGGACACCUUUUUCUUGCAUGAUCAUUUAUUAUAAAUCAUGUAACGGUCAACAUUGAACAUAGUGUUAUUCCCUUUAUAGGUUCGUCUUUGAUCAAACCAUUAUUAGAUGACUUCCUCUUCCGAGCAUCUAGGAUUAUUCUGAACAGCCAUUCUCCAGCUGGCAGUGUGGCUGCCACUCAGCAAGACUUUCAUCCAAAGUAAAGAGUGCAUGAGGACUUUUGUUGUAUUAAACAAAGAAGCACAGAGGGCUCGGAUCUACCAUCCUUGAAUAGUCAAUCAGCUUUGUGCAGAAUGGAACAAUUUCCUUUUUUAAAAAAAGACAUUAAAGUAAACUUCAUAAGCAGUGCUUGAGUGUGCCGAGAAAUUAAAUAACCAAGAAUAAAUGUGGUUCCUGAGAGAGGCUAUUAAGAAACAUAUUGAAAUACUACUCAAUUAUAAAUCAUCCAUAUUGCUCUCAUGUCCUUUAUUACAUUUUUAGAACAUGAUGUUCCAUAUCUGUGGAGAAUCACAUUUCAGAUUCUUGAAGAUUAUUAAGCAAUGUUUUAAAUGCUCUUCCAGAACUAUUUAUUUUUACUGUGCAUAAUUUGAAUGGGUAUAGUCGGUCCAUUACAAAAUCCAAAGGGCUCAGUUGUUUUAAAAAGCAAAGCUCAAUUCCUCUUUCAGAAGCAGAAAGGCAUCUGAACAAUUUAUUGGACCAUAGGGCUGGUGUAACUAACCCGUGCAUUAUCACAGUCCAUAACUCCUUCAAAAUGUUGAAUGCCAUACCCAGAAACAAAGAAAUCGGGUUAACUGUUUUCGUAAAUUUCUCUUAUGGGUGUAACUUAACUUAGCCACUGAGCUUGGGAUUUUAUGCAGAAAUCUAAGUACUUUUCUGCUUAAGUGUCAUUUUAUUUACAUCCCAGAACCACCCUUUCUUUAGGAGGGAAUGAUAAGCACACAGACUUUUUUUAUUCCUUGCCUUCCUCUGCAAAAUAAAUAACAUCCACUGGUCCAGGAAAUAAAAAUGCCCUGAACGGUUUUAAAAUUGGACUGCACAGAUGGGCAUUAAACUUUACUUGGAUUCCCUUUGGCAACUAUUGGAAGUAGGUCAUUUGAUAUAUCUUGCUAGUAUGAAAACUGAAUAUGCAGCAUGAACAAAUUCUUUUUGCUCCCUUCUAGGUGCAGUACAGUGAAUAGCCGAUUAGCAGCAUAUGAAGUGCUGGUGAUGCUGGCAGAUAGCUCGCCUUCAAAUCUACAGCUUAUUACAAAAGAGCUGCUCUCUAUGCAUCACCAGCUUGAUCCAGCUCUUUCCAAGGAAUUUGAUGUAAGUGCGUUGCUUCAAUGGAAGUAAUUUUUUUCACUCCAGCUAUGUAUAUGUGAAGCUAAGUGUCAGAUCUUCAGAAUGGAUUAAAUAAUGAGAGUCAUAGAAUUGUAGCAUUGGAAGGAACCAUAAUGAAUACUUUCGGAAAGUCUCUUGGAUAUUCAGUUUUUCAAAUAAUUAUAUCCAUUAAUGCUUUAAAACUUCUUUGCUACAAAUUUCUGCUCUCUGCCUCCCUAUCUUCCAGUAUCUCCCACCUGUAGACGGUCGAUCCAUUUCAGGAUUUGUGGGGCUAAAAAAUGGAGGUGCAACAUGUUACAUGAAUGCAGUCUUCCAACAGCUCUAUAUGCAGCCAGGACUUCCCGAGGUAAUCUUUAUUUACUGUUCUUAAAGCAAAUUCUUUUGGAAUGCCUGUUAACUUCACACAUAUAGUAUAGGCUCUGGGAAGGAAGGAGUGCUGAAUCAUGAAAAUGGGCCACAACUCUGAGGUAAAUCCAAAACUACCUAGUUCAGAAAUUACAAGGCUGAGAGUCAUAUGCAGUAAAUGAGGGGAUCUCUAACCUUGGUGGUGGGGUUUUGGCUCAGUCACAUUUAGAAAUCCAAAACUUUCUGGGACACCAUAAAAUGCCCAUGUCACAGAAUAAAAACUGUUGACGCUCACACAGGCAAAACACUUGUGUAGAUGACAAAACAAACAUGCAACACCCCCAGAAAAACACAUACAUCACAAAAUAAACACAGUAAAAACUAGGCAAAACACGCAUACCCCAGCAGUGACAAAAAGCCUAACUUUGGAAAUAAUUAAAAGCAAGGAGAACACCCAGCCCCAAACAACAAAAGCAAAUUGCACACAAACACAAGCACCUAAAACAAAACAACAGGAGAAGCACACACACAAUUGGUCCAUCAUCCCCAAGCCUCCCAGAUAGCAGCAGGAUUCCUUUUCUUCUCUGGAAAGGUUUGGAGGCUAAACACAGAGCUGGAGCUUGCCUGCCCUCUUUCCCCUUCCUUUGAAGAAUACCUCUGGGCCCACCUGGGCCAUAGUUGGAGCACAGGGGCAUUUGAAGCCCAGGCUCUUGCUCUGCUUUGCUUGGAGGACAGAUACGGGAGCCUUGUGAUCUGUCCUCCUCAUUGUUCCUUUAAGGGGACAGAAUGAAUUCCAGUCCUUUGAGGUAGUGCAGCUUGGUGAGAAGCCUCUCAAUGAGGCCAGCCAUGUUGCCCUACUCUUCGUCCCUUCCAUCUUCCUAACCAGUAUGUUUGUUGAAGGUGGGAAUAGCUAAUAAGGAGGCUUUGGGUAUGUUGAAUAUUAAUAUUAAAUACCUUGGUUACUGCUCUUACCAACUCCUGACAAAAUUGAACUGUUCCUCAGUGUGAUGCAUUUGCAAUAACUUUCCUUGCCAAUUGUUUCCAAAGGCAUUGCUUUCGAUUGACGAUGACAUGGACAAUCCCGAUGACAAUGUGUUCUAUCAAGUUCAGUCACUCUUUGGUCACUUAAUGGAGAGCAAGCUGCAGUAUUAUAUACCUGAAAAUUUCUGGAAGGUAAUUCUCACCACCCCCAAUUUUAACAUGUAGAUUUAGGUCUAAACAUACUGAAAUGCAGCAAUACUAAAAGGGCUCUUACCUGUUUGAGUAUACAGUCGUACCUUGGUUUUCAAACAGCUUAGUUCUCAAAAGUUUUUGCUCCCGAAUGCUGCAAACCUGGAAGCAAUGGUUCCAGUUUGCAAACUAUUUUUGGAAGCUGAACGUCUGACAGGGCUUCCACAGCUUCUGAUUGGCUGCAGCAGCUUCCUGCAGCCAAUCAGAAGCCGUACUUGGUUUCCAAACAUUUUGGAAGUUGAAUGGACUCCCAGAACUGAUUUCGUUCAACUUCUAAGGUGCAACUGUAAUAUAUAGUUUUCCAUAUUGGUCACAGUCCAGUGGUGCAGAUCACUGGGAUGUUCUCUCCUUCUACUGGGAGGCAAGCUUUUUCCAGGGAACUGAGAUUCAUCUGCUGCUUUCCUUAAGAGUCUCAGUAUCUUAAAGCGGUGACUCUAUGGAAUACAUUUUAUAUUUUAGAUCUUCAAGAUGUGGAACAAGGAGCUCUACGUACGUGAACAACAAGAUGCUUAUGAGUUCUUCACAAGUCUUAUAGAUCAGCUGGAUGAAUACCUCAAGGUUAUUUUUAUGUUUGUUAUGGUGUUAUAAUUACGCAGUAAUUCUUUUCAUUAACAGCCGCUUCAUGUAUAAGCUAGUUGCUAUUAGCAUUUUUUUAUCUCUUACAGAAAAUAGGACGAGACCAAAUAUUUAAGAACACUUUCCAGGGAAUCUACUCUGAUCAGAAAAUCUGCAAGGACUGUCCUCAUAGGUGGGUGAAUUUUAACUAGGUUAUUCCUAGUUACAGGUAGCCUACUUGGAAAAAAAAAAUUCUUAAUGUUAACUACUGGAACAUUGUAGGAGAAGUACGGUACUUGAUUUUCAUCUUUGUUUAGUGCCAUUCAGUGACUUCAUUUUAAAGGAGUAAAAGCUCUUGAUACGUACACUGCCAAUAUCCCCCCUCAACUUUUUCUCUUGCAGAUUAGCAUGAUUCAGGCAUGGAAUUCUCCUUUCCACAGGCAGGGCCAUGUCAGUCAGCUUUCAACAUUCCAUGGAAUAUGGCCUACCCAGUCCUAACCCUGCCUGCUCUGCAACAGCACAGAGCUCUUUCAACCAUUUCUAUCCUCCCUUCUCUGGAUUAUGUGGGAGAGGAGCCCAGUCAUUUCUCAGUCAACACAUUACAUUAGAUUUCUAAAUUAAUUUCUCAAGCCUUGAUAAUUCUCAUAGGUUAGGGUUUAUACGAGCCAUUGCCAAUUCUUCAUUUUUAAAAGUAGAAAUAAAACACAGCAGCUUGGUUGCAAGUACGGAAAACAUGUUCCCAGCAAAUGAUGUCUGACUGGGAAGUCCCUUGUCCAGCCCUUUCCCAACCUAGUGCCUUCCAGGUGUUUUGGGCUACAACUCCCAUCAUCCCUGAUCAUUGGCCAUGUUGAGUGGGCCUGAUGGGAUUUGGAAUCCAAAACCUCUGGAGGCUGCCAGGUGAAGGAAGGCUGCCAUAGAUCUGUUUCUAUGGCACCUGCCUCCCCUAUCCUGUAUGACACCCCCAACCCCAUUUUCUUGUCAAUAUGGUUAGUAUUGCAUCUGUAAUGAUACUACUUCUUAAUUCUUCAUAAAUAGUAACCAUGGUUAGUUUUUAAGCAGCAAACCCUCACCAGGAUUGAAAUUGCAGGGAGGAUGGGAUGGAGCCAUGAGUCUAUAGCCUGCCGUCUUACAGCACAAUCCAAACUCGAAGAUCCUCUGGGAUGAAUGGGUUUGGUUCUGGCAGAUUUUGGGCUUCCUCAGCUGGGGAUAUGUUGGCAGAGGUCUUUCACCCUGUCUGAGGUAGACAGAAGUCUCAAAAAAGGGAGGCAUUCUGAGGGCCUGGCAGAGGUGGAACAGGGCAAGGAGAGACUUAGACCUUUUCCAAACCCCUUGCAAUUAAGUCAUGUGGCCUCACAACCCAGCAGAACUUAGCCAGCAAAAUGGGUGGUGUGAAUCAGAUUCUUCCUUUACAGAGCUGGAAAUAGGCUUAACUUAAGCCAGUGUAAAUUAAGAUUUUCUACACUUAAGAUUGCUCUGUAAACCAUCAAAGGAGAUGAUAAGCCUCAUGUCUACAGUGGGUUUAACUGUUAAAGAUAUUGCCAAAAAGAGACUUCUCUUAAACCAAGAAACAAUAGAGUUGGUAGUAUUGCAGUCUAACGCUUUUUCAUUAUCCAAUUUGGUGUAGGUAUGAACGAGAGGAAGCCUUUAUGGCUCUCAAUCUAGGAGUCACUUCAUGUCAAAGCCUGGAAAUUUCAUUGGAUCAGUUUGUUAGAGGAGAAAUUCUGGAAGGAAGUAAUGCAUAUUACUGUGAGAAAUGUAAAGAAAAGGUAAUGCUUUCCCCCCCCCCUCCCCUGGUGACAGUUAAAAUACCUGUGAUAUUCUAAGGGAGAGAUAACCCAGGGUGUGUUAGUACACUGAGAGAUCCGGAGAAUGAGACUAGCCCAAGCCCUCAAGCUUAAUGUGUUCUUGUUUUUAUCACAUUGAUAUUCUGCGCUUCCUUCGAUGAGUACUGGGGUAGUAUAUACAUAUAUAUAUAUAUAUAUAUGGGGGGGGUGUCACUUCAGAAUAUUGGUGUCCUAGGCAAAGCAGAGACAAAAUAUUUGUAUGUUGGAAAGUUUUUGCCUUUGAGAAAAGGCGUGUUGUAAAUGAUUUGAUAAGGAAUUAGUAGUUAGUCUUUAGAAAAUAGUUUUCCUGCUCUUUGAUUCUAUCAACCGAAAUCCAUAAUUGUAAGAACACUUCUCUACAGUGAGCAGGAAGUAUGCAUUCCCUGAUGCUAAAAUGAGUAGCUGGAGGUGACUCUCUUCUAUUUUUAAGAGAACUACAGUAAAGCGGACAUGCAUUAAAGCUCUGCCUAGCUUGUUGGUGAUCCACCUCAUGAGAUUUGGAUUUGAUUGGGAAAGUGGACGUUCCAUUAAGUACGAUGAACAGAUAAAGGUAAGCGCAGCUGCUCUUUAUUUCUUUUUUUUUUAUAUAAUUUUUUUAUUGAUUUUACAGACAUGUUUUAUACAAUACAAACAAAUAAAAAGACAUACAAACAUGUAUAGUUUCAUAACCUUUUUUUCAUAACCCUCUCUUCUCGGACUCCCCCCAAACCCCCCCUUCCUACAUCCCAAUUUCCAAAAUUAUUUCAGCAAAUUCUAAAUAAUUUUAUCAAAUAUAUUUUUCUUAUUAUUUUUUUUUUCUUCAACUUAAUCUUAUGUCGCUGUAAUCUCCUUUUCUUUCUCCAAACCUCGACAUUUUAACAUUCCUCAAUUUUAUAAUAGUUCUUUAGAUAGAUUUUAAAUUUCUUCCAAUCUUCUUCCACCGUCUCUUUCCCCUGUUCACGGAUUCUGCCAGUCAUCUCAGCCAAUGUCAUAUAGUCUAUAACCUUCAUCUGCCACUCUUCCUGCUCUUUAUUUCUCUAAAGGCAUUUUCUAGAAUGGAAUCUUUACUUCUCACCAUUAUUUAUUCUGUUUCCAAGUAUGCAUGUUGCCCACGGUGUAUCUCUGUCCCUCUGAUAGGCCUUUGACAUUAUUGACAUUACCUGCCCUAACUACUAAUGGUGCUUGCAGAGUUUCAAAAGAAGUGAUUGUGACUUGCUUUCUGAGCUGAAGUCCACAAUCUUCCUCACUGGAAAAAAAUAGGAAGUUCCAUGCUGAGUCCUGGAAAAACAGACAAACCUUCUGGUUUGCUCUAUGACUCUUCAUCCCAUAAACUAUUUCCUGUGUUCAACCUUUAAAGGUUAGGCGCCCUGUGUUUUAGGUAAUUACAGGAGGUUGAUAAACAAGUAAUAGGGCUCAGGUUUAAAUUUAAUCGCAAGUGUUUCCUUUCAAACAGUUCCCCUGGAUGCUGAACAUGGAACCCUAUACAGUUUCAGGAAUGGCCCGGCAAGAUUCUUCCUCAGAAGUUGGAGACAAUGGGCGACACAUCGAUCAGGGAGGGGCAGGAUCCCCACGGAAGAAAGUGGCCCCUACAGAAAACUAUGAGCUGGUUGGGGUGAUAGUGCACAGUGGUCAGGCCCAUGCAGGGCACUACUAUUCCUUUAUCAAAGAUAGAAGGUAAGGAGAAAGCCUGCUCUGGACGGGCUCUACUAGUUCUUUGCUUGAGUACUUUAAAGCAGCUAAGACCAUGCAGUGUUAAACUUGCAAACUCCUAUUGGCAAAUGCAUCAUUUUUGUACAGCACUUUUUAAAGCUCUGUAUGAAAGUAUACCAGUAUGCUUGAAAGUUUUUGCAAAUGCAAUGGGGUAGCUCUGGCUUAAAACAAAACCAGAAUCUUCCUUUCAAAGGAUGUGUGUGACAGGAGGGAUGAUCUUUAUAAAGUUUGAAUCAUUGUAUGAAACAGACUGGUGGUGAAUGUGUGAUUUUUGCUAUGAUUUCUGAUCCCUUUAUAUUCAGAUCUGUUUUGUUCCAUAUUUGAUUUUAACAUUAAAUCAUUCUCAAUGCAGAUUAUCUCUUUGGUAGCCAUGAGAAUUGGAAAGCUAUUAGGAAACUUUUUUGAGAUUUUUAAGCCAUCAUCUUUGACAGUGAGCAUGGCUUGUGUUUCUGUGUGUUACCAACAGGGGAUGUGGAAAAGGAAAAUGGUUCAAAUUCAAUGACACAGUUGUUGAAGAAUUUGAGUUGAAUGAUGAAACUUUGGAGUAUGAAUGCUUUGGCGGAGAGUAUAGACCCAAAGUUUAUGACCAGUGUAAGUAUAAAUUUUGUGUUCCAUUAUCACUUUUCCCUGCAUUUAAAUCUUACUCACUUCAGGGCUGAGUUACAGGAUAACAGUUGCUGAUGUGGAAGUUUGGUAUCUGUCUUCAGAAAAAUUUAAUCAUAUUACUGACAUACUGUAUGGCUGCUGUCCUGUUGUUUUUUAUUCUGUUCAUAUGGCUCCUUAACCAAUUUGGAACUGAAGAGUGUAACUGGUGUGAUCAGAGUUGCUACACAAAAACAUGCUUUUUCUACACAGAAGGCAUUACCAUGUAGGAAGCAACGUGAAACGUGCGUGUGAUGUGUAGUGUAUUGCUUCUGUGCAUGUGUGUGCACACACACACACACACAGAGUGAAGCAUGCAUGCAUAUGCUGUUUCCUGCACAGACCUACUUUUCUUGGCCCGGGGGUCGGGGGGAGAAAAAUGUUUGACGUGAAACGGAAGUGAGCCACCUGCCUUUGGAAAAUAAAAUGCCAUGGAAAAUGUUGCUUGUUGACCCCCUUAAUCAGCAAUUUAUUCUUUCCCCGUUGGAAUGUGUAGAUUUCCAUUAACAACUGCCUGAAAAUUGUAGUUAGGCCAGUAUUCCUGCUGCAAGAAUCAGGUCAGUCAACUAUAAGGAUAUCUCUUCUUCGCAGCAAAUCCAUAUCCUGAUGUUCGCCGCCGCUACUGGAAUGCCUACAUGCUCUUCUACCAGAGAGUCUCUGACCAGAACUCGCCAGUUUUGCCAAAGAAAAGCAGAGUUAGCGUCGUGCGUCAGGAAGCUGAGGACCUGUCUUUGUAAGUUUACCUGCCUCUAACCCCGGUUAUCUGAUCCCUGCACAAGCAGAACAUCUUGCUUCCCCACCAGUUUCUCUCUCUCUCUCUCUCUCUCUCUCUCUGUGUGUGUGUGUGUGUGUGUGUGUGUUUAAGCUACUUAACCAGAAGCUUAUUCCUUCCAUGAGGGACCUCUGCAGAAUUUAUAAUCUUCUGUUCAGAGGAGUACUCUUGAGGCUAUAAUUUGGUUACGCAUAAGCUCAGGACAGCUUCUGUUAGUAUGUUUAUGACCAGGGGCAUCCAAGACAUUUAGGAGGUGGGUGCUGUAUGAAGGAAUAGGACUGUACAAGCUACAGUAUUGAAACUUUUUAAAGAUAGAACCUUGAAAAAGUAGAACAUAACCAUUUGGGGGUGAAUACUUGCACCAUGAAACUCAAAUCCUGCGAAAACGGCCAAAAAGCAUUUAGUCAGAGAAACCUUUGGUUUUCUCUUUACCUUGUUUCAUUUUUUCCCAUUAGCAGGGGGCUGGCCAGCUGACUCUAUGAAGCCUCUUUUCAUUAUGAAAAAGAAAUGGUUCAGUUAUGAACAUCAUUGGGUAUUACAGAUACAGUGUAUUAGUAGUAGCAGAAGCAGAGCUGUGAGAGAGAGGGCUUGGCAGGCUGUUGAAUGCAUGGGAGCAUCUGUUUAGAGCAAUGUACUCAGCACCACAGCAGUAAACAGCCCUGGAGGCCUGAUGAAGGAGGAGAAGCUACACUGGCUUCUUAGAAAACACUGUUCCACAGCGUGCUGCCCUAGCAAAGGAUGCAGGAUUGUAGCCACAAUCAGCCAUAUAAUGAGUUCAGGCCUUCCAUGUGCAGAACGUAAAGUUAUGAUCAAAUGUGCAUUGCUAGAUGCACAACAUACUUGAGAACUUUGGCUUUGCACUUUGUCAAGCAAAUGGAAGAAUAUAUUUUCAGCAUUGAGCUUACAUGUGUUUUAUUUCCCAGGUCUGCUCCAUCUUCACCAGAUGUUUCACCACAAUCCUCGCCACGGCCCCAUAGACCCAGUAGUGACCGCUUGUCCAUCUUGACCAAGCUGGUCAAGAAAGGGGAGAAAAAAGGCUUAUUUGUAGAAAAAAUGCCGGUUCGGAUAUAUCAGGUAAACAGUGUUAAUGGCAGCUAGAUAACAUUAUGAAAAUGUCAGGUAUUCACAUUCACAGGUAGAUAAAAUUCUAGGUGUAAUGGAUAUAGGUAUAUCUUUUACUCUCUGAAUUGUUCUGGAGCAAAACAAAAAUCAAAUUUAAUCUCGUAGAUUUAGAGGUGACACUUCAUUUUAAAGCUAUUCAAUUGAAGACCAUUUCCUCAGGUUGUAGGAAUCGAUAAUCAAUAAAUUGUAAGCCUAUAUGUCUGUCAUUUUCAGUGGACAACUCAAUUGUAGCUGCCCCUUUGUGUGUAUCUUUGCCAGCACUAUAACAUAGAAUAAUAAAAUUGUAGGGUUGGAAAGGGACCCAAGUGUCAUCUAGUCCAACCCCCUGCAAUGCAGGAAUCUCAGCUGAAGCAUCCGUGACAGAAAAUCAUGUGAAAGUUUAGUUACCGUUUUAUGGCACUGUAAUAAAUGUGAGUUCUGUUUUCUAUUUAUUUUGCUGGUAAUUCUUCACAUAGAAUAUGCCAUUAAUCUCACUGCUGCAGCACACUGAGCCUGAUGUUUUCAGUGAGCCUUUCCAGUAUGACUUGAUUAGCUUGGUGAUAAUUACAGCUAAUUCAGCCCAAAUCAUGCCAUUUCAAACAUACAGUAUGAGAUAUACAUUGCUUCUAACAUCCUGCUUUUAAUGAUGCUUUUGUUUACAAAAUGUCAUAUUUUCUGUAAGAAAGAUUUAGAAAUUCUAAACAUAUCCUUGACUUUUAUUUCUAAAACCAGACAUGUGUUGUCUUUUCAGAUGGUGAGAGAUGAAAACCUGAAGUUUAUGAAGAACAGAGAUGUCUACAGCAGUGACUAUUUUAGCUUUGUUUUAUCGUUAGCUUCAUUAAAUGCUGUGAGUGAUGAAUUUUAUCUUUCAGAUACUAAGUGAAGUGAAUUGCUGAGGCUCAGUGGAGCCAGAACAAGAUAAACUGUCCUCAUUGGGAAGAGGGGGAGAAAUUAAGACUAUCCAGCAGCAAACUUCUUUUUUAAAAAUGAAUGCAUUGUUGAUAUAGCAUACUAUGGCCUCUUUGAUUACUUAACUGCAGUAACAUAUGUUCAGUCUCUGAUUAUAUCUUUUAGGGUGUUCACUGCCUGUGUGUGGGCCAAAAUACAGGGUGAUUUGUGGGGCUGUCCUCCACCAAGUUGGAUGAAGGAUCCCACAAAGCUUUAUGUUGUUCUGUCCUAUUGUUUCUGUACUUUUCCCCUCAUAUAUCUAUUUUUUCCUACAUCUCUUUGCAAGAAGGCUGUCCAAAAUGUUGUUGAAGGGCUCUAGAUUGUGUUUUUUGUCAAAGCACAGCGGUGUAGGACUUUUUAAGAAGUUAGAAGCUACUCACACACAUAUAUAUUAGCUCCUGUGUUGCUCUGCUUUAACAAAGAAAACUGAAACACCAAAACUCUGCGGCCAACAUUUUAGACACCCUAAGGCUGUAUGGCUUAUCGUAGGCCUGUAAAACCCAUCAGAGGACACAACCACUGGAAUGAAAAAGCUGGUAUGAAGCAUUUAAUACACACACCUUUAAUUAUUGUAUGAAGAGAAAAGACAAGAGACAAAUACCUGCUUCCCUCGCCCUUGUAAAUUUCAUCCACUUUGGUCAAAGGGAGGGGGCAGUGAUACCAUUUUUCAAUUCUCCAUUAUAGUGAAUGGGAACCUCAGAAUUUUGUUUACACAAAACCAAAUCAAAUAGCAGGAAGCAAUUUGAAAAUGGAUCAGAAUUUUAAAACACAUACAGCUACAAGGCAAAUAUUGAGCCCACUGCACACACUCAUAGUUUGGUUUGAGCUAAAGAGGAAGGUCCAAAAAAUGAGAAAAAGUUUGUGCUGAAUUGCAGCUCCCAGAGCAUAAUCCAAGGGACAGAAGCUGUUUUCCCCCUUUCUUUAAACACCAAGGAGCUUAGCAGAAGAGUGGAAGUCACCAGACAUGACAUUUGACAAAGCAUUUUUCUGAAACCUCAGAUCAUUCUCUUUACCUUCUUAUGCCAUCCUAAAACUAUUUUGGCACCAUCUCAGUUCCAGUCUGAAAAGUGUGUUUAAUAAUCUUAUCAGAAAGGCCAGUACUUGUGGUGUUAUGUGAUGCACUUUCUUUUUCUUAGACAAAGUUAAAACACCCCCAUUAUCCAUCUAUGGCAAGAGUAAGUUUACAACUAGCAGUCCAGUUCCUCUUCCAGACGUGUCUGCGAACCAAGAAAAAACUCAGGUAACACUUUUAAAAGCUUUUUAAAAGAGAGAAAACUUAUAUUUCACAUAUUGAAGUCUUGCUGACCUUGCUGUGAUUUUUUUGUGUGUUUUUUUAAGGGUUGACAUAGAAGAAUGGAUUGCAACCAUUGAUGCUUUGGUUUCUAAAAGUUUUGAAGCUUGUCAAUGGUUGGUUGAAUAUUUAGUUGAGGCAGAAGGGCGAGAGCUCAUAAAGUAAGUAUCAACAUAAGUACGCAAGUCUAACUAUUAUAUACUACUCGCUUAUCUUCAUUAGAGGCAUGUACCCAAAAAUUUGUAUACUUGGAUGAAUAAGCCAUAUGAGAGAAUGAUCUACUUGUGGAGAGGCAGAUAGCCUUUUAGAUAUAUUUUCUGGCAGGAUAUAUAUCUGAAUAUAAAAAUUGCUUGAUCCAUUAAGUGCACAGUGAGUCAAUGUGUGUGUGUAGGCAUGUGUCUGCUCCAAAUGACAAGCUCUGUCACACUGAACGACUUUCAGUGGAAAGAAAGCCUAUCUACAUUGCUUUAGGCAGUCAAUUACUGCUUCCUUUUAAUCUGUCUAUUUUGUUAUGGUAUUAAGUCCUGCUGAUUUGAAGAAUUCCUGUCAGACGCACAUAGAUAUCAUUUACAUUCUAUGAGGCACCUUCAGUUUGGCUAUUAAGUGACCGUAUCCAGUCUUUCUACUCUCAAAGAAGUGUAAAUACUGGAUUUCACACUUGAGUAAAAGGCAGGGAUUGCAGAUUUCUACUGGCACAUGAGAGAGAUGGAUUCUAUCGCGCACAUCUUCAUUUUUAUUGCAUGUGUGCAUUUUUCAGGACUUUUCUACUGGAAUGCAGUGUAAGAGAAGUGCGAGUUGCUGUAGCCACCAUUCUUGAAAAAACCUUAGACAGUGCCUUGUUUUAUCAGGAAAAGGUCAGUAAUAUGUAACUGCUGGUAUGCGAAACAUAUCAUUGCACUUCAGAAUAUUGUAUGCUGCUGCUUCAUUAAUGGUAUAUGUAAAUUGUUCCCCACCCCUCUGCCGCCCUUGCUCUUCUAUCUUAUUUCUUUAGUCUGUUCACUGCCAGAAUCUUGUGACUAGUUUCAGACCUUUGCAAAUCCUAUGGUUCUGUGAUGGUUUUGUCUAAGUGCGGUAUUAAGUGUUGUGAGAAAAUCCUACUUGAAAAAAUAAGUUUCUGUUCGAACAACUGCAGAGAUCCAUUUGAGAAUGUAGGGUCGACGUUUGGUAAAAUCUCAGGAGGUGGUUGGUGGUCAGAGGAAGAGGCUUAAAUGUCCUGCCUAGCUCCUUACAUACACACGCCCCAAAGUUGUUUUCGCUGUGCUCAAUACAGAGCUUUUUAAGCUUGAGUGUUUUUACUUAAAUUUGCUGGGCCAGUGGUCAGACUUGAAAGUGUUAUAGUCCUUCUAUUCUAAGAGUGUAUACGCUGAUGCCCUUCUUAAAUAAAGUUAUUUUGUUCUAAGGAUAUGUGUGACUCCUGAAAUGUAUGUAAUAGGAUUGUUCAGGGGGGUUGUUAAGGAAGCAGUGCCCAGUGACCAGCUGAACCAAGCUGCCUGGCAUUUGUCUUCAGCAAGCCUAAUAAAUCCAUAGGCAGUAGGUGCCUUUUGUACUUAUUGUUAAAUGUGCCUUAAUUAAAUCUGCCUUCCUGAUAAUACAAGAUCUCCCAUCUCUACUUUUCAACAGUUGAAAAGUCUGCAUCAGUUAGUGGAUGUGCUGCUUGGUCUGUUGGACAAGGACGUCCCUGAGAACUGCAAAAACUGUGCCCAGUACUUCUUCUUGUUCAACAAUUUUGUACAAAAGGUAAACCAAAUACUCACUCUUCCACUUCUCUCUUUAUUUGUCCUAUGUCCUAGGACAAAUUUAUGUUAUGGGUAAACAUUACCACUAUCACAUAAAGGUAGAUUAUUUUUCUGGAUUUCUUAUAUAGCCAUUUAGAGUUUAAACCUGUUACAGGUGCUCAAAUCAAGCCCUAUUGACUGGAGAGCAUGCCUUUCCCCAGGUGCUUUCCAGUGGUCUGCUGCAGUCUUUAGGGCAUGUGUUUCCAGCUGUCAGGACUUCCUUUGUGUUCAGGGCAUCCUAUUGUUAAACUGGUAGGCAAGCAAACCUGAAAGAAAAAAUACCUGCAAAUCACAGGGAAUCUGGUGCUGUGGAGCCAUUCAAAAACCUGCCAGUCAGUAGUAUUCAAUUUAAUCAUAUGUGCUUUUGGAAAGUAUGAAGCAUAAUAAGGAACCAUAAUCUAAAAUGUGCAGGCAUGCUCUGUAUAUGGAAACAGAUGUGACCCUAUGUUCUGUUUGUCCUUUCACAGCAGGGUAUAAGAGCUUGUGAUCUCCUUCUCAGGCAUUCUGCCUUGAGGCAUAUGAUCAACUUUCUCCUUGGUCCUAGCCGUCAGAAUAACCAGGUAAUGAGGUGCUUAAUAUCAUCCAGUAGCCUUUUGUGUUGCCUUCAAGUUCAUAUACUCAGUUACAGAAACUACCCGUUGGGAUUAAAACCAUCCUUGCAAGCCAUUGUGAACUCUGUCUUCCGAUUGCCACCGCUGCUCCUGCACCUGAGAGCCCAAGAGAAGCAGCCAAGGAAAUUUAAUCUGUGUGCUCAUCUUCCCCCUGCAACCGUAUGUGCAAGAAAACAGCCAGACUCCCUGCAGCUUGGGCCCAGCUCUGCGCUGCCAGCAGCAUUUGAGGCAGGAGGGAGGCAGAGCCAUGUUCUUGGCUUGCCUUGGCAGCUGCUGGUACUGAUUGCCUCAAGCCUGUAGGUGAUUCAGCUCAACUCAGCCCUGUUCUGAACUUGCUGCAUGCAUUGCUUCUCCCUCUUAGAACACCCUACCAAUUGUUGGGACAAGUUGCUGAUGGAAGGCUUUUUGCAUUAAUCAAACAGAAAUGGGUGCCUACUUGCAACGUAACCCGAUUCAUGGUGCGAUAUGCCUAGGUUCUGCUGUACCAUAAAAUUGAGUCUACCUUGGAAACUCAAAGUGAGUUUUCCAUAUAGCACUCUAUACUUUGCUACUAGUAUAUGAACACAGUUGCUGCUCACUUAAAGCAAGCAUAUGAUUGGUUUUAGAAUUGCUCUUCCCUUAAAUAAAAGAAAAGAAAGGACACAAAACUGAAAAGUAUGUGCAGGCAAUGGUGUUUAAACAGGGCUUGCAAAAUAAUCUUCUACUCUUUUUUUUUAUUAAUAUUGCCUAACAAAAACAGAAUCGCAGAUGGAGUUCAGCACAAGCUCGAGAGUUUGGGUUCCUCCAUAAUACCGUGGCACUGCUUGUUUUGCACUCUGAUGUCUCAUCACAAAGGAAUGUGGGUAAGUAUUUUAUUUCACAAAGUUAAAUGGCUGCUGUUAAUAAUGCAGCUUGGCAGAUCUUCAGUAAAGAGAUUAAACUUCCUCAGUUUACCCACCAAGAGCAAUUCCUGGUUUUCAGUGACUAUUUGGAAGGAGUGUACACCAGCCACAAUAUUCAACUUUUAAUCUGCAGCUUUGGGAAGCAGCCUGAUCUGUUUGGAGCCAGUCUUUCCAAUUCAACCCAUUGUUAUUCAGAGCAGAGCCAAUUUAGAUCUGUUAAAAAUUAAGCUCUGUUUUCUCAACCCCUUCGUGAUAAUGGGGAAUCUAAAAACAGCUGUAACUUUCUUCCCUUUUCACAGAAGUGGGUUAAAUUUGCCAGUGGGUCCUUGCUUGGAGGACCCUCCAGAGUGGAUUAAGCCUGCAAACUGUAGGCAUUUAUAUCCAGGGGACACCUAAAGGUUAGAUUCUUUUCCCAUCAAAGGACAAGUUAUACUUUUUUUCACUUUCUUCCAGAAUUGGAUGAAAUUUGUAGGCACAGUCACCCUUUCUGUGAGAGAAUGAAGUUUCACGGUGCUUCUCCCACAAGUCAGACUUGACCAUUUUAGGGUGGGCACACUAGGAAUUGCGGGCGAAGAAAAAAAGUGCUAGAUUCUCAUGAAAUAAUUGAGUGUGGGAAUGUCGCUCCUAGCAAAGACCCUUGUGCCCAAAUGGUUCUUGUUAGCGGGUUGAGAUUCUGCCUCCUACAGACAUUUGGAGGCAAAUUUUCUACUCACAAGGAGACUUGCAUGGAAAGGGGUUUCUGCAAAACAGCACAAAUCCCUAGGAAAAAGCGAUUUCUCCCAGCAAGGACCUGUUACCGUAAGGGUCAAAGGGCUGGUCUUCAGCCCCUUUCCCACUUACUUUGAGGCAUACAAUGGAAAUCUUUCCAUUCGCUUGCAUAGAGGAAAACAUGUAAAGAAAUAGCUUUCAAGCCCUCCUCUAAAUAUCUGAUUGGAGUGCUCUGGGAAAAGAAAUCAGUGUUUCAAAGCUAGACCUGUUUCUCAGAUUCAACCACCUCUCCACCCGUCCGAGGUUUGGGAGUUUCCCCCAGUCAGCUUGACUUAGUUUCUGGGAGGCUAGGGGUGGGAAUCAAGGCCACAGAGCCACCUGGAGGCUUAGGGAGUCCCCAGUCCGUCUGGAGGCACCAUGCUAGUAGCACAGUCUGAUGUGGGAAUCUUCCCCAAAUCACCUUGUAAUUUGCAGUACACAGAACCAGUGCACACCCCUGCUAUUUACUCUCUGCAUAUAAAGUUGCUACUCAAAAGGAGUAGUGGUUCAACUAUUUUCUCAGGAGGCAGGCAGGUGGGGGAUGUCUCCGUGUAUUUGUUCAGGAAGGCCGGAAAUCACAUGGAUCGAAGUUUUUGCUAUCCUCUCCACCACUCCUCCCUCUGUGUGUUUCCUGCCUCCAUAUUUCAUUUCUUUUCAUUUCAUUUUGUUUAUUUUUCAGCUCCUGGUUUGUGUGUUCUGCAUUCACCCCUUAGCAUUACCACCUCUGGGCCGCUCCUGGCCCUCCAUGAAGAAGUAGAAGCUUUACUGUUCCUGCCCGAGGGGAAGCCUUAUUUAAUGGAGGUAAGCUACUGUUUUAGGCCUAUAAAUUAUGAGGCUUGGGUUGGGUCUUAAAUGUGAAGAACAUUUAAAAAGAGCAAAUCUACGAGUUUCCCAAAGCUGGAUUUUUUAUUUUUAUUUUAAGAAAGAACGGCUGCCUAAUCUGACUCUUUGUGUUUCUUCAUUAGGUGAUGUACGCAUUAAGGGAGCUGACUGGAUCACUGCUGGUCCUCAUUGAGAUGGUGGUGUACUGCUGCUUUUGUAAUGAGCACUUUUCCUUUACCAUGCUGCAUUUCAUCAAGGUAAGGAGAAACCAGUCAGGGUACACUUUCAAAACAUGGCCUGUUCUACGUUGGUGCCUGUGUGUGCGCACGCACGCAUGUCUGUGUCCGUAGCAGCUCUGUGCAGUACAGAAUCGAAUUGCCUGUUGCAUAAUCUCCAUAUUGGCAGAUGCCAAUUCUUCAGAAUGAAAGAGCUUAUUUGCACUUCACUGUACACAUUAGCUAUUGUAGCACAUGAAAAGGCUCUGCAAAAAGGUACGAAUAGCCAGAGCUUCUGGCAUAUUCCUCCAUUCAUCCAUGCAUGCAUAUUAAUUGCAUUUCUGUCCCACCCUUUUUGCGAAGGAGCUGAAGGUGGCAUGCAUGGUUCUUCCCUUCCUCAGUCCCCACAACAACCCUGUGAGGUAGGUUAAGCUAAGGGACUGCGACUGGCCCAAAGUUACCCAGUGAGCUUCAUUGCCAAGUGGGGAUUUGGUCAUAGUGCAACAUAUUUCAUAUUUAUAAAUGUAACUUACUUGCUUUUACGAGAGCAAAACGUUUAUAUUUGAAAUAGCAAAACAAACAAAAAUUGCUUAGUUUCCAGGAAGCAGGAGACGUGUAUGUGUUUUAGCCCAUAGUUUGUACUCCUCUCACUUCUCUAAUUUUCCUAUUUUAUAUGUUUGGUUCCUGCUGCCUGUCCUCUAGCACCCUAUCCUUUGAACCAAUGCUCUUCAGAAAAAAAUCACAAAUAAAGAAUUCUUCCCCAGAACAAAUUGAAAAAAAAAGUUUAAAUGUAUUUCUCUGAUGACACAGGCUUCUGAUAAAAGUGCAGAUAUCUAGCCCCUACCUUGUUAUAAUUUAGGGGUUUUUAAAAAUGCAAAAUCAUAUAUGAAUUAUUAUCCUAAAUCUGAUAUUCAUGUACGUGCCCUUCCGCCUGCUUAAAUCUGCGUCUUCAACUUACAGAAUCAGCUGGAGACUGCUCCACCCCAUGAAUUGAAGAACACCUUCCAGCUUCUUCAUGAGAUACUGGUAACUGAACACACCUUAAUAACAAACAGGGUUUUUUUUGCUUGUUUGUGUUAUACUGUUCACUCAGUUGAUAUGCAUUGGAGUACAGAUGAAAAUGCCAAAAACGAAACUAAUUUAUACAACCAAUGUAUCUUAUAUCCAUACGGAUUUUUCAUUAUCUGGUUUUUGCAGUGUCAUAAUAUUAUUUAUCUUGCUAACAUAACAAUGGAUAUAAUCUAGCCAAGGUAGAAUCGAGCGAAAGCCCUUUUGUGCAGGCAGAAGUCCUUGUACUAGUGGAAAGACUUCGUUGGGUACAACCAAGAAAUGUAUAACUAUACGAUAGAUUCCAAGUGUCUGUAUAAAAUAAUUGUUCUGUUCCUUUUCGCAGAUUAUUGAAGAUCCUUUGCAAAUAGAGCGGGUCAAGUUUGCAUUUGAGACUGAAAAUGGAUUGCUGGGUGAGUAAACCUGCUGUGAAGUGUUAAUGGAUCCAAAGAACCUUGUAGGUUCUUCCAUGCAUGCAAAGAGGAUUUGUUUUUUCUCAGCAUCCUGGCAUAUCACUUUGAAAUUGUGGGAAACUUCCAGAACACAUAAUCGGCAGUAAGAAAAUCAAUGGCUUAAAUCCAGUGGUCGCAUAAGUGAAAGGCAGGUUGCACAAGCAAUCUUCCUCUUCUUUCCACCUGAAAACUCUCUAGGGGGUGAAGGGGCUGUGUGAUACAGAGUGGCAAUGCAGGAGAGGAGAAUUUCCCCCUUCCAGUGACAACAGUUCAGCCCCACCCAAAAAAAACUUCUGGACAGGGUUUUCAUUUUGUACAGAAGGCGGGGGGGGGGGAGAGAUCAUUUGCGUAAGCAGCCUUACACUUCCACAGCUAAUGGAUACUGCCCACAAUCUCUGUCCUUGAAUAUAUUCAAGUGAAGAAUUAGAAACAAAUUUAUGAGGUGUGAAUUCAAAAGGAGCUUUUUUUUUAUUGUGAAGACUUGGUUCAUAUAGAAACUGAAGCGCUUUUUAUCAUUUUGACUACUACGUCAGAAGCAGGUGGCAUCAAAAGAACAGAAAUCCUGUAGGUAACGGGGGGGGGGGGGUUAUGUUGUUAAUCAAACUUCAUCAUCUUUAAUUGCUCUAUUAUAACCUAGGUUGUAAUCACACAGCUCACUGCAUGUUUUAACUAGAAAGGGGGUCUUAACAUUUUGUUGUUGUUAAGUAAGACAUGAAUCAUAGGCUAAAUUCAUACGUUGCACCAAACGAUGCUUUUGUCUAAGUUAGCGAACCGUAGUUACAGCUAUUGUCUGCAGAAGCUGGUGCUGCUCAAUAAAAGUGAGAAAUAUUUAUGGAAAACUUCUUGAAAUGGUUUAUCUGUGGAACGUUUUGAAACUACAACCAUGGUUUAGAUUCUACACUCUGAUUAGUGGUCUGACAUGAAGCCCAAACUAGGAUGUAGAAUCAAAUCUCCCUGCUUUAUGGCAGGGUCCACUCCUGAAGUCUUUAAUACUGAUUAAUCUCCUUUCUUUUCCUUCAACAGCACUGAUGCACCACAGUAAUAACCAUGUGGACAGCAGUCGCUGUUAUCAGUGUGUCAAAUUCUUGGUCACUCUUGCUCAGAAGUAAGUAUAACUCAGUGAAAUGGAAGUCGGGGUGCUCUGUUUGUAUUAAGUCACAUGAUUAUAAGAAGCAGCUGUGUCUUCAGCAAGCCUUUGCCAGUUCUCUUUUAUCCUUUCUCAGGCCCAAAUAAAAUGUGUAGGAUCCAUUUAUAAUCUAGAUAAAGGGUCUGCUUCUUGUGAACCUGUGAUCCAAGGAAGACUAGUUGUAUGCUGUGCAUUCAGUUGCAUUGUAAUAAUAGCAGGCUCAAAGAAAACACUGUACAGAACAGCAAAUAUGAAGCCUGUGCUCUUUGAAAAAUAGUGAUGUUCUGUCACUUGUAAAAUCGUCCUGUCACUGCAAUGUAUCAUAGCCACUCAGCUGACUGACUGUGACAAAGAAGAAUUGCCCCGUGUGACAAGGAAGGAAAGGUUUUGUAAAGUGGAAGAAUUUGUACUUUGGAGACGUUCUGAAACAUUGGACUCCAUCCUGCUCUGUAUUGCAGCACACAAGCAAAGGCAGUGAAUUGCACAGCCAGACAGUUCAUAAAGUAUGAAAAGGGAGUGUGAUCCUAAAUUACCUUUAGAUAAAUAGUUUUAAUAAUUUGCUUUGGAUUUCAAAGGUGCUCUGCUGCUAAAGAUUAUUUCAAGGAGAAUUCCCAUCAUUGGAGUUGGGCUGUACAGUGGCUUCAGAUAAAGGUAAUUUAAACCCUUUCGUUACAAAAGUUUAUUCACGUGGCUAUAGUACUGUUCCACAGUUUCCAUUAAUGGGUGCUUUCAUAUUUCUCUAGAUGUCUGAACACUACUGGGCUCCACAGAGUAAUGUAUCCAAUGAAACCUCAACCGCCAAAACCUUUCAGCGCACUAUUUCUGCACAGGUCAGCCUAAAUUUGACACUCUUUACACAGAAUCUCUGUGGGCUGUAGUUACCGUGUGUGUGUGUUUAUACAAAUAUAAUGAAAAUGGUAAUGCUGUCUAGCAUUUUUGCUGUCGUGUGCAGAACUCUCCUGUCUAAUUACUAUGUAAUAUUGGCCGAUGAUUGCAAAGUUUUAUUAUGAAAAGCACAGCAAACUUGGUGUACAAAUGCCGCAAGCUACAUGCAUGUAUGCAUACAUUGCCCGUCUUCAUAGGCUUGAAAUUCAUUAGCAUGACUGAUUUUUAAAUAAUUUCAAGUUGCCCAUUGCUUUAAACAUUGAAACAGGACUGAAGUGCCAUAACUUUCCAGUUUGCUCUUUUAAAAAAUAAACCUCAGGGGUGGGGGACCUUGGGGCCCAGGAGCCAAAUCCAACUCUCCUGCCCUCUCUGCAUCUCACCCUUUUGCAUUUGGAGUGCUUUGGCCCAGCAGUGUCCCUGAACAGAAGAUGAAGACUCUGUGUGAAGUAGCCUACUAUGCAAAAGUGAAAGCUGUGUUUGUUGCUCCUCCCCCCUUUGCUUCUGGCUCCGCCCUCCACUACCAUGUGGUCUUCCAAGGUUGCGCAGAAGGGAAUAUGGCCCACAGGCUAAGAAAAAGGAGCCCCUGCCAUGCAGUAUAGCAAGGGAUUUUUGUUAAGUCUCCUAUAUGGGAUCACUACCAUGCUUUUUAAAAAAACCAAAAACCAGUUUGCCAUAUUUGAACCAGUGCCAAUUUAUGCCUGUUUGCAGUACUGCAUUUCUUUUUCCUGGUGACCAGCAACAUUGUGUAAAAAGUAUUUACUUGGCUCUUAAGUCCUGUGGUUUUCCUUUAGGACACGCUGGCAUAUGCCACAGCCUUGCUGAAUGAGAAGGAUCAAUCAGGAAGCAGUAACGGAUCCGAGAGCAGCCCAGCCAAUGAGAAUGGUGGCAGACAUCUACCACAGGUAAAGGACAAGGUUGUUCUGAGUCCAUUACCUGCAUGCUUGCUGCUGUUAGCUUCCUUAAUGGCACUGCCUCUUUAAAGCUGAGUGACUAAUACUUCGGAAAUGCUUUGAUUUCCGUUCACCGUUCUUGCUUUGCAUAACCUGAUGUUGAAAACUUUUGAAUUCCACCCCAGAAGCUCACCUGUUUUAUAAUAGUGAUUGUUUUCUAUAGACGACCAUAAUUCCCAUUCAUGCGUUCAAGAAGCUGUGAGAGUGGUUGCUUGACUUGAGAGUUUCGCAGAGACAGCUUCAUAUAGAAAGUCAUUUGUGCAAGAAGCUUCCCACGUGGUUCCAACUAGUUUUAAACCCCACCCAGUGCAAAUGAAUUGAGCUUGUGCAUUCUUCUGUUAAAAGCUGAAAUGUAAACUUUUGGAAGCCAGGUAGGACCUUACCACCUGUCUUCCUCAAGAACCAUUUGCAGUGUUCUUUGUUUCAAAGGCCUUGUUGCCCAGCUUGAUUUGACUUCAGGCCAGUCUAGCACCAAAGAGUGAUAAGCACAAAGCAUCAGAAUACUGAAAUACUUGGCUAACAGGCACAGAACAGUUUCACAAUAUAGCCAAGAUAGGUUUGAUACUAGCCUGGUUUAAGAUGCAUCUGUUUCUAAGCAAUAUAGUGGAGUUCUUAAGCACAUUACUUUCUUAGAUGAAAUUCACACUCUCAGACUGAGGCAAGAAUUAGCUCUACUAGCAGCAUCUUGGAGGCUUAAUUUGGUCUGGCAUACUUUUACCGUAGUGCGCCUUUCUGGUAACUCUUGUGCCAUUCAGAUCAGCGAAAUGAUUGCUGAGUAGUUCUAAAUUGCCAGCUAUGCGGUGAUAGUUCACAGUGCCUGGGGUCUGUGAUGUACUGCCCAUGAUCUCCAUAGCAUCUUGAGACACUUCACUUGGCACCUGCUAAGACCCACUGCCCCUCCCAAUACUCUUUAAAGAGCAUUUGACUCCCCCCACUUUCCAUGAGUAGAAAUAAAAGGGCAUGCAUCCAGCCACACCUUCAUCUUGUCUCCUUUUCUCCAGAAUGCUUCUUGCCCACCCACUUUUUUGUUCAGUUGCUUGUUUUGGUUUCGUGAAGGUUGCCUGCUUGCUUGUUUUGAGGGGAGGCAGUUUGCGUGCUUUUUGUUGGUUGGAGGGCGUUUUGCUUGUUUUGGUGGGGAGGUUGCCUGCUUUUAGCUGUAUGUGUUUUAUUUGGGAGAGGGUGGUCUCAGCAUUGCCUAUUCCUUCUGUGAAAUGGGUGUAUUGUGUUGCCUGCUUCAGAUUUCCAAAUGUGCUUUCAAACCCCAGAAGGCUAGGGACCCCUGCAUUAUGUGAUACUUGGAAGAGUACAUAUGCUUUCCUAACUCUUUUGUGUUUUUGAAAGGGCACAGUGUCCCCAAUGAUGAUUGGUGAACCUAAAAGUGACCUUGAUGAUGUGGAUCCUUAGUGGUUAGCUGCAAGCUGAAGAACAAGCGUUCAACAGAAGCAUUGAACCCCUGGCAUCUUUCUGAUAUUGUUAAAAUCCCACCGCUUUCAUCUUUUAGAAGUGAAGCUUUCUAAGAAAAAGUGGCCAUGCUACUUCCUAAAGAGAGAUUCUCCAACUGAGAAGUUUAAGCAUCAGGCUGUGGGGGAAGUCCCAGCAUCCUUUGUGGUUCUUGUGGGAUGCUGGUCCAAGCAUGAGUUUAAAAAUCUGUCACAAGAUUUUACCAAUUUAAGGAAAAAUAUCAAGUGGUUGAAAUUUUUAUUAUGUGAACCUUUAAUGAGUGAAUGUAAAAAAACUUGCUUUUCUGUGAUGCUGCAAAAAAAAAAAACUUUCAGUUUUUAUACAGAAGAAGAAAAAAAUCUGACUGCCUUUAGGUAUGGAGGGCAAAUUUUUAAUCUUUCUGAAAAUAUUGAAUAGUGAUAUUCAAAAUUAUGUAAAAAUGUGUGACUUACACUUGGCAUUGUAAAUUAUUAGUUAAGAAUCAGUUUACACAAGGACCUUUGUAUUUAAUAUGUCUCCUAGGUCAUUUGUAUAGCGCUUUGCAGAAAGGGUUUGCAGCCCUUUUGUGUAAGGAUGGUUAUUCCUUAUGGAAUGGUUUUGGUACAAGGAAGUCUGAAAUUGGUAACUUUUUUCCCUGAUGCUAAAAGUAAAUGGAUAAGAGCAAUAAAGUAGCUUUGUUUAUUCCAAGAAUACAUUUAUGUAUUGUGGCAUCAGCGGAUCUUUUUAAAAAAAAUGUUGAUGAGUAAGUUUAACAAAACAAAAAAAGCACUUUAAGGCAGAAUUUUAUUGCUGUUUUGCCUCCUUAAAUCAUCAUUCUAACACUUGGAGACAUAUUGAAUAAAUUGUAGUCUUAAUGAUGUGAUCUGCAAUCAUUUGCUUAUGCUUUUGAAUUUGAGAGUUGGAAUUGGCUGUAUAUGAUUCCUUGAGUGACAUGGGGACAUAUGAAUCUUUUUUUAAAAAAAAAAAUAACACAGGCAAAGAUUGUUGGCUUUGUUUUGCUUGGCCAGGCAGCAUUGAAAAUACAACAGGUUCAUUUGUUCCUUAAUAACUGGAAACCAAUUGAGCUACAUGGGUACAAUUUAGUUUUCCCAUGUGAAAUGCAGUUAAGUGAUGUCUUUAGCAGCUCUGGGUACUAGCUUCUUCUGUGCCAAUUUUUAGUUUUUAGUUUUUUCACAGUUUUUUUUGCACUGCUUUUGCCUUUGUUCAAGGAUUUUGCCUUAAUUUAAAUGAAAUGCACCAUGCACAUGAAUUGAGGGGAAGUUGUAGAGUGCCUGGGUUACCUCCACUGUAGAAAGGUUUGCCAAGUCAAAGGCACAAACAGCCAAAAAGUGCCUCUUUUUUCUUUUCACUUUUAUGUACUAUUGCAAAACCUGAUCUGACACAAAAGCUUUCUUCACAGUUGUGCACUGGUUGUGAAUAUUACAGGUCACUUCACUGCUGAAGGAAACAGCUAUACAUCUUCCAGCUGGAAUUCUCUGCCAUGUGUUUUGAGUCAAAGGAAUCGUGUUGGUAACACUGCAUGUGCAAAACAGUGACAUUUCAGUUGAAUUUGCUUCUCUCAAGACACGUGUCUUCUUUGAAAUGUGGCAGAAUCCAGAUAUUUUAUCAAAAGCCUCCAAAAUUUUAAAUGUGGUGUUUUAAAAUUUUGAAUAAAUUUUGAUGUCCCACCCCAUUUUUUAUUGCAGCACCUAUCUUCACUUUUAAGUUGAACCAGAAGCGAGUGUUAACAGAGGUGAUAUUAAAAAGUAUCACUCCUGUUUGUCCAAAGGCAUUGGCGCUUCCAUCAUUUCCUAUGGAAAAGAUGGUCUCUUUUCAGACUGAAACAGAACAUUCAACCCCAGGAAUGUUCUGCUUUACCACCAUACAUUAUAACAUUAUUGCAGGCUGUUUUCUGGUCCUCUUUCCGCUUGUACAGAGUUGAUGGUUACUGUUUUCAACUACAACAAUUGGUUGAUUAUUUGAUUUCUGGCUGCUAUCACUUGAAUCUGCUGAAGAAUAUUUUUUUAAAAAAACCAAAUGCAACAAAUCUAGUUUGCUGUGUAAAUUGUGACAUGUUUCUAUGUUGUGAUCACUUUUACUGCCAGUCUUUUUGGAUGAAAAAUGGAUAUGAUAUAUGUUUAAUGGAAUGUUCUAUGGGGUGGGGUGGCAGCUGCGAUUCAACUGUGCACUCUUAGCUGUGUGUGGAUUUGUCCAACUAAUUCCUAAGGCACUUGGUACUGGAAAAGAAAAGGCAGUUCUCAUGGGGGGAAAUCCUGGUCAACGGAAUAAAGUUUAUUCCUCUCACACACAAAAAAGGACCAGUCUGAUCAUUAGGUUGUGAAAAGAGGUCAGAUGUCAUUUUGCUGGUGUUUUACUCAGGAAAUUGCCCUAUACUUCCUCUAUAGAUUUCCGCUGAAGACUAGCAGAAAUCUGUACCUUUGUCAUGUCAGGUAGCUGUCUAACAAAAAGAAUGCAUCUAGUCAAAACACAUUGGGUGCAAAUGGUUGGCAGGACUGCCAGGUUUUUGUUUGUUUUUUAAAAAAAGCCAAGCUGAAUGCACACAAGUUAAAUGUGCAUAAGUUGUGAGCUACCUGUAGUUAAUAUUCUGCUUAAGAGGAGGCUACACAGUUAUGUGUUCCCAAGAAAAUUCAUAUGAAACUUUAUUCCAAAAAAAGAUGGCAUUAUAAAAUGUUUUAUAUAAAACAGAAUAAAUAGUUUCCAGAUAAAAAUGUAAAACCCACAGCACGAGGAAAGCUUUUCUUUACAUUAAGCACCUAUCAAUUACAGUAGUUAAUAUGUGUGUUAGUUCAAAAACACUUACAAAGUAUAACAUGCUGUCUACAUUACUCAUGAAAAAGCUGUUUAGACUGCAGCCCUAUGCAGACUUACCUGGAAAGUAAGCCUCACUUCUGAGAAAACAGGGAAGGAUUGGUCUGUCAGAGUAUUUUUAACAUACUAUUUCAACAUACAUCAACAGAUAAACUUUUGAUUAUGUAAGCAAUUGGGAAACUUGACUAAAAACCCAAAGGAGGGAAGGACUUGUGCCUGCUUAAAACAAAAAUUAAAAUCGUAGCUACCAAGUGCUUUAUCAGUAAACCAAACUAUUUGGCCUAAAUUACUGACAGUGUGCUUGACUUCGCAGUAUCUCAUGUGUGGUUUAUGGCCAAUAAUAGUUUGUGGUCUCCUGAAUCUUAAGUGCUUUGGGUUCUAAAGAAAUGUUCUUCAACAACUCAGUGGUAUUCUUGGAGGCCAACAAUGAAAUCUAAACUGUUCCCUCUACCUCGGCUGAUGACUUUUGCAGUGCCUUCCGCGGUCACAGGUAGGGGCAACAGUGGCCAGUUAAAUAUGGCCGCCUUAACAUGGGAUCACAGUAAACAGCCCUUGUAGAUGCGGCAUUUCUAGGUUAGAAGGCAGCAUCAGAAGUCAUCCUGACCACUCCUUGUUUUCAGGGAGGAGGGUUUUAAAUUUGCAAGGCUCUCCGUUAAUUAUUGCAAAUACGGUCUGUAAGGCACUUUAGAACUCAAAAUAUUGAAGGAAUGCAGGGGUGUGUUUGUAUGAGCUGAGUGCUGCACCUCCAUGGGCAUGACGACUCCCCCAAUCUUUGCUAAGCCACAGCAAGAUACUGAGAUCCCACAGCUUUAACACAGGAGAGAAUCUUUAGGCACUGGAAAUUUUUCUCUGUGCUUAGGCAGGGGUGGGGGACCUAUGGACCUCCCAAGUCUCCCCAGUUGCAUGGCCAGUGGUCAGGAAAGAUGGGGGUUGUAGGUCCAGCAACAACUGGAAGACCACAGGCUACCCUUCCCUCCUGUAAAAGGUUAUGGCUUAAGAAUCCCAGGAGAGGGUCUUCAGGACUAACCUUAUUUUCCUACUCUGUCUUGGACAGGCAAUCUUGUUAACCAUGUUUGCUGGGAAAACAAAACGUUUACAAAACGAGACUGGCCUGAUAGGUACAAUGCUACUUAACAUAGUAAAUGGUUUUUUAAAACAUGGAAUGACCCCUUUGAGGGGGAGAAGCUGAGCAUACAAUGCACGACAUGGAGUCGUAGGAAAGUUGUUGCACGAGUAGAACAGCUUCUAUUUGCAUAAUGGGGCCUUCUUCCCCCCUGCCCCGCACCCUAUAUCUCUUCUGAGAGUUCCCUCAACCCUCUGCAGUAGAUCUCGGGGCACCACAGGGCACAUAUGGAAGGGGGGGCAGUCCCACUGCAUAAGCUCUCAUGCAGUUACUCAGUUGAUUACAUCCAUCCAAAAUCCUGCUUCAGAUACCAGAUUAAAAGUCUUAAGGGGGAUACUCAACAUUUAGUUCAAAAGCUGCUAAUUACUGUAAAAGGGGAGUUGCUGGUUACACCUCAGACACCAUGAAGGGGUUGAGGUCCCACAAAAACCUGUUGUCCUCUCCAAAGCUCCCAUUCUUCUUCUUUAUCCCCAGCUUUUGAAGAAACACUGAACAGUUCUUCAAAAAUCAUAGAAGUCAAACACAUUAAGUGAAUGCAUGUAUGUGCAUUAAUAUCACUUUGAGCCCAGAGCACUGCCUAAUCCAUGCUGUUUUCAGGAAACCACAUCAAUAAGGAGUAUGGUUAGCUACCCUGCAGUUUUGGGACAAGAAGAAACUUGGAAGGAGCCGGUGCUGUCACACAUCCUAAAGGGCUGGAAGUGGCUGGCCAUACAUAUAAAAGGCAGAUAGGGGAAGUAUUGACUAAGCUACUGUCAACAUCAUUCUGUGGAUGCAUCUCAAUUGGUAUUACUGAGAGGGCAUCACUAGAACCAUCUCCCCAUAGUGAAGAUGGUGAUACUAUUGGCAAACUGGUACCAUUGGGAGCAUUCUACUGAGGUCACCCCAAACGCUUUCUUGAGUCCCACCUGGAAGAAUAUAUUCUUCACCAGGGUGAUGUUAUGGGGGUGUGGUCUUAACACAGUAGUUCCAGGGAUAGAUAGUAAAGGGUGGGUGGGAACAGGUGUGUCACUUAUAAUUGGAACCAUGCUUAUCUUCCAAGAGUCUCUUUCUGCAGCAGAUGGCCAGAGCUGCUGCUCCUUUGCCCCUUGGGCUGCUCAGGACGACGCACGUGUUGUCCACAGAAUACGCUCCAAGUGUGUUGGGGCCAUGGGACUGGGCACUGCAUCCUGUCAAAGUCCAGCCAUCAUCACAAGUCACCAUCACCUGUGAUGGAGAAGGCAAG